GAGCCCUUCGGGGCGGUGGCCGCCGGUGAAAAGCCAGCGGUGGGAUGGGCGGGAUCGCGCAGGGAGAGCUGCUGCCCGCCGGAGCCAGCCAGCACCCGGCUGGAUGGUGCCCACCCUGGCCUGGCGGCCGAGAGUUGGCUCGCGAGCCUUGACUUCGCCUCCAUCCAUCUCGAUCCGCAAACGCGCUCUCGCCAGCCGCGCUACGAAGCACCUCCCGGUCGGGCACGCCAUACGGCUCCCGGCUCCUUUCCCCGGCAGGUUGCAGGCCCGAUCCCGACGGCUCCCGCCUCCCGCGGCUCCUCCUCCUUUCGCAACCUCGCGGAGAGCUGCUCCUCCUUGCCGGAGCCGGGGUCGUGCCUGCUGGGCCCAGCCCAGGCGCCGGCGAAGGGCUCUCGGCGCGCUGGAGACGCGCGCAGCGGCGCUCCAAGGCGCGCCGCCACCAGCAGCACCACGCCUCGCCUGCUUGCCGGGCUUUGUCCGGGACUUGCAGGCAGCCGCUGCGUCCGCGGCCCUUCCCCGCCCAGCUCGGGGUGGGAGGACCGGCGGCGGCGGCGGCGAACGCGAAAUGAUCGCCUUGUUGUUGGACUCUGCCGUGCGCCUCGCUGCGCAACGAGGCAGGGGCUGGCACGGGCGGCGGCGAGGAUGACCUUGCAGGGAUGUCGGCGAGGGGCGUGUUUGAGCAUCGUCUCCCUCCGAUCCGGCAGUAGCAGCAGCGUCGUCGGGUGACUUGAGAGUAGGAGAGAGAGAGACAGAAAGAGACAAAAGCGGGAAGGGAGGAGGGAAAGAGGAGGAGGCGGAUUUGCAGUGAUAGGCGGUGCGCAAGGCGAGCGCUGGCCACUUUGCCGAAGUGUCUUGAACGUGGAGAGGAGGAGAGCGCCGGGCUCCGUCCACACGAGCGGCAGCAACACGGGCUCCUGUCCUGCCCCGCACAGCCCGGACCUCUUUGCGCGAGACCGCCGAUCGUCUGAAUCCCGCCGCCCAUCCCCGCGCCUCGGGCCGCAUGCGCUUGAUGUUCGCGGAAUUCCGCUCCAAAGGCAACCCCUUGCCGGACACGGGAGGGGGCCAUGAACGGGCUCUGGCGAUGAACUGCGGCGAGACCAAGGAGAUGGAAGGUAAGGAAGCGGCGGGGGUAGCCGUCACGGGGCGCGCGCCUGGGCAGCUUUGGGUACCUGGCGACCCUCGCCUGUGGCUCUCAGGUGAGCGGGGGAGCUCUUUGUUCCGAGUCCGGCUCGAGGGCUUGGCUGAUGCCCUCCGGGGCUCUUCUAAUCAUCGCAUGCAAGCUGGGACUCCGGAGGGCGUUUGUUCGACCUCCGUGUUAAGUUAGGCGCGCACGGUGUGUGGAUGAGGAACAAGAGCUUCAGAGACUGAGAAAGGGAGGUGAAGGGCUGGGGGUCGCCAGCUAUUCUUCCGUCUUGCGGGUGAGGAUGAAGGAUGAGCAUGCCUGAGGCUCUGAUGCGCGUAGGUGGCUGGGCAGAAAGAGGUGGUGUGGGGCUCGGAAGGUGCCCCGAUGCUUGCGAGUAGCUUCAUGUGCCAGUGUAGGGAGGGAAUGGUUGCACGGACUCUCCCGAGCGCUGGGUUUCUGAAAAGAUGUCAGACCUGGUAGCCGUCCCCUGCUGUCUAGGUAGGUUGCUGUGGCGUCCUCCCAUGCGUGCACGGGGAGCACUCUGCACAGGCUCAGUGUCCCUCUUGACUUCUGAUUCCAAUGUCAGAGGUGAAAAUGAGGCUCUGUGACUUGGCUGCUUUUGUGGUUGGGGGGGGGGGCUGUCCUGGGCAUCUUUAAAGUGAACAAAAUUAAAAACUGGCAUCCCAGGGCACAUUUGCAUGGGAGUCAGCUUCCUUGAGCUGGGGGUGCCUCUGCUCCUGUAUUGACCUGUAUGGGAUGGGAAGUGUCUGAGACUGCCAACUGACAGCAGAUUUAAGGAGAGAGGUUGCCGCUGGGAAUGCUUGUAUCUCAGGCAUAAGGAACACUGUGUUGUGGGGGCUGUUUUAAUCUCUUUAAAUAAAAAAAAAGAUUGUGGGUGUUAAGCCUGCUAAGCCCCAGUCUCUGGCCUGGGUACCCUCAGAUGUUGUGUAGAGGUUAUUCAGUGUGGGAGUGACUGCCAUUCUGCACAUGGUCAGGGGCACUCUUUGCUCUGCAGGUGCUUUUUACAUUCCUGAGUUUUGCCAAAUUGCUGAAAACCAUUCCCAGCCUUUAGAGAGGCUUCGCUUCUAAUUAGACCUUCUGUGGAGUGCUGUGAGUUUUCCAAAGCAGAGUAUAUUCUACCUGUCCAAUGUGAGAGCUGUAAAGUGCGAUAAGAGAGAGAAAGAAUAGCCUUGCAUCCAGUUAGAACAGCUGUGCUGGAUGAGACUGAUAGGAUUUGAAGUCCAAAAUAUCUGGAAGCCUCCUGGUUGUUGGAAGCACAGGGCAACUAAAUACUGUAAUGUUGCAGCUCGUAUGCCAGCCAUGUUUACGAGGGAGUAACUCCCACUGCUUGCAACAGUACUCAUUCACAAGUACGUGCACUGAGCAUUGACAGACAUUUCCUAAACAAGGAGGCUCCCUUUAUACGGAGCGUUGUUCCAUCGGUUAUUUGUCUUUGUUGAUCAGAAGCUGCAGUCCAGGAUUUCAGACAGGAGUUUCUCGCAGCCCUAACUGGAAAUGUCAUUGGGAACUGAACCUGGGACAUUUGGGUGUGAUUCUGCCACUGAGCUAUGGUUCUUUCAAUAAGCCCCACUGAAUUCAGCAGGACUUAAUUCUGAGCACACAUACAUAUUUAGGGACAGAUACCCUUCCUAAACAAAAUUACCCUGGGAGCAAGCCUUGAGGACUCGCAGAUGUGUGUAAACAGCAUUUCCAUGCAAUCUUCCAGACUGAAUAAUUCAGAGUAAAUGUGCACGCGCGGUUCGGAGACUCACAGGGGCAAGAAGGCAGUAGAGGAGCAAUCUCAAGAUCCCCGUAUCCCUCGACAUCCUUUGAUGACCUUGUCAAGCUCUGAGUGGCGAAAGAGUGGUCUCCAUCAAGGUUCUCCCCAACCUCUUUUAAAAGGAGCAAAAUGGGUUUCUGGUCAGCAUUUUGCAACUGUGAGGAAGGAGCCUGGGGUGGUAGUUAUUCCGCAGCGAUGCACGACAACGGCAGUAGUAACGCCAUCACAUUUAUACGGUGCUUUAAAAUGUACAAAGCAGUCCAUGUUCGUUCUGGGCUAGCCCAGCACACUACGCAGAACAGGCAGCUGCUAUAUGUGGGGCAAGAGUUUCGGGCCCUCCAAACUAAUUGGAGAAAGUCCUCUGGGGUGAGAGUGGGGGGGAACCUGUGGCCAUCCAGAUGUUGGGCAGAGGUCAGGGAUGAUGGGACUGUACCCCAAUAUUUUUGACACCUUGUGGGAAGGAUCCAAAGACAUACCAAAAAUCUAGGUUUCCGCAGUUAAAGUGGAUUUAAAGCGCUCUUGUUGCCCUAACAGAGCAAAUUAACUUUAAAAAAGGACUUUUGGUGGAUAGGAAGUUGGCAGGAAAACACACUGCAAAGUGUGUGGGGGGGGGGAAUGAAUGAACAAUUAAGAGGAAGAUGUAGAUAGAUAGAUAGAUAGAUAGAUAGAUCAAGCAAGCAAGCAAGCAAGCCAGCCAGCCCCCUGCAAGCAAAUGGGAAUGAAUGCUCACUAUCGUAUAAACACCCCAUAGGCAGAUAUGAAUGAAUGAGUAAAGCCCACAUAAGAUUUGGGAAAGCAAGUAAAUGGGUUUCCUGGAGGAGGCCAGACAAAAUCUGAAAGACUGCAUGGGCCCCAUAAUAUCCUUCCUGGAGCCUGGACCCUUGCGAUGUCAUGUUGUGGGGUGGUACCAAUGAGCCACCCUCAUUUUCACUUUCUCUCCUUCUGCGCAAGCAAAUGGAACAGAAGUUCCUCCUUUUUGCUCCAUUCACUCCAAUGGAACUGGAAAAAGAGGUCUCAGGAGAAGACAUAAUUGCUGCCCGCCACCACUUUUGCACUGGCAGACAGUGUAUCAUAGUGGUUAGAGCCAAGUUUCAGGCUAGGACCAGGGCAAUCUGGGGUUGACCCCCUAUAUCUGAGACAUGAAACUGAAUGGAAUGACUUGUCCUAGUCAUCCAUCAACCCCGCAGGGUUGUUGUGAGGCUGGAUUGGUGGAUGGGGAACAUACAUGCUGCUUCUAUGUGGGGUUGGACUAGAUGACCCUUGGGAUCCCUUACAGUUCUAUGAUUCUUGGAGGAAGGACAGGAUACCAAUGUAGUGCUUGAGUAAGUUCCGUUGAGCAACUUCCUCGCGAAUAGACAGACAGAGGCUGGUUGUUGUUCGUGAGUGCUUGGCUAGGUUGAGCUUUGAACCCGGGACUUCUUGGGCCCCUCCGGACUGAUGUCUUUCUGUGGAUGUAUCCUCCCAACAUAUCAUUGACACAAUAAUGGUGGAUUAAAGGUAAAGGACCCCUGACAGUUAAGUCCAGUCACAGACGACCCUGGGGUUGCGGCGCUCAUCUCGCUUUACUGGCCGAGGGAGCCGACGUUUGUCCACAGUUUUCCCGGGUCAUGUGGCCAGCAUGACUAAGCUGCUUCUGGCACAACGGAACACCGAAACCAGAGCAGUGCACAGAAACACCGUUUACCUUCCCGCCGGAGUGGUACCUAUUUAUCUACUUGCACUUUUGGGUGUGCUUUCGAACUGCUAGGUUGGCAGGAGCAGGGACCGAGCAAUGGGAGCACGCCCCGUCGCGGGGAUUCGAACCGCCGACCUUCUGAUCGGCAAACCCAAGAGGCUCAGUGGUUUAGACCACAUCGCCACCCACGUCCCUUCAAUGGCUCAUUAGCUGUGGAUUUAUACUUGACCACCCACAUGCCCUUCUGCUUUAUUAGUUCUGCAACACUUCUUACCGCAUAAUUGCUGGAAACAAAGCCGUAUGUCUACCCUGGAACCAUUGCAGGUGCAGAGGGCAUUGAAAGCAGGUUUACUUAUAACAGCCCAGAUAGCAUCACAAGUGGAAAUCAUCAGGAACGCAGAAGGAAAGGGAUCUCUGCAGGGACCCUUUAUUCCCUUACAGUUCAAGCCAUGCAGCCAUGAUGUUUGAGGCUGCUCUCCUGUACAAAGCAUGUAGCGCUAAGGUCGUUCGAUCCCGGAGUGCUUCACGUACAAUAUCUCAACUGUCAUAGAAUUGUAGAGCUGGAAGGGACCCUGGGGAUCAUCUAGUCCAACCCUCUGCAGUGCAGGAAUAUGCAGCUGCCCCAUACGGGGAUCGAACCUGCAACCUUGGGGUUGUCAGCACCACGCUCUGACCAACUGUGUGUCAGCAUCGCCCUUGAGCCAGUGCCACCAACUGGACUCAUCCACUCAGCCCCGACUGGGCUAGGCGAGCUGGGUAGCACUUCCAGAGACCACCUUCUGCACAGGAACAGGUCAAAGUGCUGUGGACUCACAGCUUAGAGUUGUGAGCACCGGAUUCACUCCCACAAGAAGACAGUCGUCGCACAGCAGAGUACAGCAGAGUCUAGCAGAGCAUAUAAACAACUCAGAGAGCAGCUCUGUAGAAUAUCUUCUUUAUUCUAUCUACAACUAUACAAACUAUAUACAGAGCUUAAUAGGUCUAAGCAUAAAUAAAUGCUGCACUGCACUGAGUGUCUGCAGCUGCUCUUAGCAGCAACUACACACGAUCUCUAACACUCAGUCUCUCUCUCUCUCCGACACUGACUGACUGACUGACUUGGUGCUGGAGCAGAAUAAGUAGAGAGCAGAACACGCCUCCUCCUCUCUGGAGAAUCAGCAGACUCCUCAGGAGAUUCUUGGAUAUGGGAGGGGUGAAAUCUCCUCAUUGUGCUUUCCAGGCAUCAGCCCUCACGACAGUCUUGCAAGGAAAGGAUAGUUCCGUUAACAAAGCAUGAGGCUCUUAAUCUCAGGGUCGCGGGUUUGAGCCCUACAUUGGGCAAAAGAUUUCUGCAUUGCAGGGGGUUGGACUAGAUGACCCUGAGGGAACCCAUUCCAACUCUACGAUUCUAAAACAUAUUGCUGGUGGUUCAUGUAAGGCAGAGGAAUGGUGAUGGCCCUAGGUACCCUGAGACAAGUGGGGCACCUGUGUGAAGGGAUCCUGCUGUAACGAACGAAAGCAACACAUCCGCACCAAACCAAUAUAAAUUCCCCUUUCCCCAAAUCAAGUCACUAGUCCAUUUGAUCUGUGAGCCACUUUGGUUUGCUUCUGGGCCGGAUGUGUUGGCAGCCGCCCCAGUUGUUUAAACAGCGGUGUGCCCUACUCACAGCACUGAAGAGGGGGACGACGGCCCCAGUUUGUUACAGGUGCUGGGGAUUGUAGCUCUCAAAUUCUGGGAAUUAUAGUUCACCACACACAGAGCUCUAAUUCCCAGCACCCUUAACAAACUAAAGCUCCCAGGAUUAUUUGGGGGAGCUUUAUAUGGACAGUUAUGCAUGCAGCCAUAGUUUAGCGAUCUAACCAUUGUGACACGCUGUCUCUCUAACAUGGAAGGGGGGGCUGGGGAAGCAGGUCGGGGAAGUAACAAGUUUGGCCAGCCCCUGCCAUCAAACAAUUGCAGCUGUUUUGCUGCAAGUGCUGAAAGCUCUGGCUAUUUCCGAUGUCCUUGCAUCACAUCCUUGCUGUGGUUUGUGCUUAGCAGCCCAUCCUAGCCUUAAAGGCUGAGGCAGGACAGCCAGCCCCGUGACUCAACUCAGUAUUAUUCCCAUUUUACAGAUAAGGAACCGAGACUGUGAGAAAGUGACUCACCCAUGCCUCCUAGUGAGAUUGCAUCUCGCCAGAGAUAUUGUGAACUCCAAGAUGCUGCUGUAAGAUUUGGACCUGGCUGCUAGCCCAGCUGGCUUUUAAAAAAGGCAAGGAUUAUGUCAAAUUCAUUGCAACUAAAAAUAUUAUGAGCAAGUUCAGGCCUGAUAGAAGCUGCAUUAUCUUUUCUGGCAGCUUCUACUCCCAGAUAUGUGGGAGCCGGUUCUGAUUACUUGCUGAAACGCACUUUGCACAUGCUCGUAUUUUCUUUUUAUUACUCGCAUAUUCCAUAGCCAAACCCCAGAACAGUAAGUUCUUGGGCUUAGCAUUGGCUCAAGUGCAGCCCCGGCAAAAAAAAAGCCCAUUGAUAAAACGCCCCCAUCGUGUUUUACAAUGUAACAGUAAUUUGAGUGUCUUACCCCUCAAAAAAGGAAAGAAAGAAAGGUUGUCAUAAUAGUUACGCAGAGGAGACUGACGCCGGGAGCUGGCAAAGCAAGAUGUCGCGGUUGCAAAGUUGUUUCUUUCAGACGGGAAGGUGAAGAAAGGGGUCAAGUUGUCCUUUCUGAUCACACCUCUGGGCUCAGUAGGCAAACACAGCCCAAUUGUUCUCUUUGCAAAAAAUAAAAUACAAAAAAUAAUAGAGACCUCAGCCGGGAACGAAGGAGAUCUCCACAGGGCAUGUAAGAAUAGUCUGAGCACCUGCAGGCGUUAAGUGGUCUCUCUUAGAUGCCGGGUUGGGGUGAAAAUGAAAGGGUUUCUUCUCCUGCCUCGUUUCCAGUUGAUCUGAAUGGCCGCUGGAGAGCAUUUAUUCCUCUCCUCCCCCACCCAGAUCCUCAACACAUUAAUAUAAAGGACUUGUCACCUGCAAAAGAAGCCUAACAAAUUCAUCGUGUGGUUUCCCUCUCCUCCAAAACCUCCUCACUGGUCUUUCUCUGCUGUGUAUGCAAAUUCCUUGGGAGAUAUUCCAAACCACACAGAUCAAUCCAGUUCGUAGUGUUAGUUCAUUGAAUGUUUUAAAAAUCAGGGGAGGGGCUUUGGAUUGCGGGGUGCAAAAGCCUUCCUUAUCGAGUGAACCCACGGAAGUAAGCUGCUUCUCUCUCAUCCCUCUCUUGCUUGGUAUUAUUAUUAUUAUUAUUACUAUUAAUCUCCCUCCCAAACUCUGUCCUUCCACUUCCUUUGAUUCUCUCUGGGUGAUGUUAUCAAUCUGUUUUCUGUUCCUUCUAAGAACUUCUAAGAACACAAGAAGAACUCUACUGAAUCAGCAUCCUAUUCUCACAGUGACCAAACACAGGCUCCAGCAAGCAGGAUUCGAACACAGGAGCCGCAUUCUCCCUUCCUGUGGUUUCCAGCCACUGGCAUUCAGAAGCAUUAGUGCCUCUGACCCAGUGGAGGAAGAGUAUCAUCCUCAUCAUCAUUUUAUUUGUAUGCUGCCUUUCCAUAGUUAAAACUGUGCUCAAGGCGGCUUGCAACAUGGCAAGAUUUACAUAAUUACCAACGUAACAAAAGUCAUAAGCAAUAAAUAAAACACAUCAAAAGGUACACAACCGGGAUGUGGGUGGCGCUGUGGGUUAAACCACAGAGCUUAGGACUUGCCGAUCAGAAGGUCGGCGGUUCGAAUCCCCGCGGCGGGGUGAGCUCCCGUUGCUCGGUCCCAGCUCCUGCCAACCUAGCAGUUCGAAAGCACGUCAAAGUACAAGUAGAUAAAUAGGUACCCCUCGGUGGGAAGGUAAACAGUGUUUCCGUGUGCUGCUCUGGUUCGCCAGAAGCGGCUUAGUCAUGCUGGCCACAUGACCCGGAAGCUGUACGCCGGGGCUCCCUCGGCCAAUAAAGCGAGAUGAGUGCCACAACCCCAGAGUCGGUCACGACUGGACCUAAUGGUCAGGGGUCCCUUUACAUACAUAUAUAUAUAUAUAUAUAUAUAUAUGUACACAACCAAAUGGAAAACAAUUUCCAUAUAAAUCAUAAAAUCUAAAACUAAGAAUACAACAUGAAUAUCAAUAACAAUUUAAAAUGACAUAGAUAAAGAAAUUGAUAAAAAUAAAAGCAAUAUUUAAAAAAGGAGCCCUCUCUGUCGAGCAGCAGUAGUCCUUUAUGGGGCCUGUUGGGCCCUGCUCCAAGCCAAGUGGAGAGAAGCAGGGCAUGACCCUUCGGCUCCCAGCAGGUCAGUCCUGGGGCUGGUAGCAAUUGAUAGCCUUCUCCUCCAUGAAUUUGUCCAAUCCUCUUUUAAAGCCAUCCAAGUUAGUGGCCAUCACUGCUUCCAGUGGAAGUGAGUUCCAUAGUUAAACUCUGCACUGCAUGAAAAAGUACUUUUAUCUGGCCCUUCACAUCUCUCUCUGUGGCCCUCCAGACUCUCCACAGGCCACGCCCCCAUCCUCGAGCACUUCUGAUUGGCUGGGAUGCAUCCUUGAACUGUGAUAGUAAUGCCUCUUGCUCACCUGGAAGGAGGGUGGAGAGAUGUAUCGGUUGUGGGGAGGGGGAGGCUUGUAAAAUCAUGUGAAUUUUUGCAUAGGUGUUGUACAUAGGUAAAAAAAAAGGUAUAUCCCUUGCUCUGCCCCUUUUUUGCACCUUGCCCUGACCAACACUGUGUUGUGGCCCCCGGAAGGGAAUAUGGCCCAGAAAAGUUCCCCGUCCCUACUUCACAACUGGCCUGAGCUGCAGAAAGGAAAAGCUUUUAUCGCUGCAUCUGAAGCUGUCUUUCUGCAGGAGGAAAGAGACACUUGUUAAAUUUGCCAAUUAAGAAUCCGCAGGAUGCAGCAAGGUCAAAGGAUCACAAGUUGUGUGAGUAAAUGGAUUUUCCGUAAAGGCACUCAAGGCUGAGUUUGUUUGCUCCUAAAAUUUUGUGCCACCUUUGGGGGCACAGCCCACCUUAGGCGACUCGUGUUGCCGUGAAAACAAAAAACACAAUGGUCUCAAAUAAGCAAAGCUAACCAAGGCCUUAAGGUCCGUAUAGUUCAAGCUAUGGUUUUCCCAGUAGUGAUGUAUGGAAGUGAGAGCUGGACCAUAAAGAAGGUUGAUUGCCGAAGAAUGGAUGCUUUUGAAUUAUGGUGCUGGAGGAGACUCUUGAGAGUCCCAUGGACUGCAAGAAGAUCAAACCUAUCCAUUCUGAAGGAAAUCAGCCCUGAGUGCUCACUGGAAGGACAGAUCCUGAAGCUGAGGCUCCAAGACCUUGGCCACCUCAUGAGAAGAGAAGACUCCCUGGAAAAGACCCUGAUGUUGGGAAAGAUGGAGGGCACAAGGAGAAGGGGACGGCAGAGGACGAGAUGGUUGGACAGUGUUCUCGAAGCUACCAGCAUGGGUUUGACCAAAGUGUGGGAGGCAGUGGAAGACAGGAGUGCCUGGCGUGCUCUGGUCCACGGGGUCACGAAGAGUCGGACACGACUAAACGACUAAACAACAACAACGACAACAAUAAACCCAAGGCCUUAACAAGGAUUAAGAAGCCCUGUUUUUUUCAGUCUGCAUGUGGUGGUGACUUUCUCUGUGUGUGCUUGCAAGUACGGUGACUGCUCCAUCGUUCUUCUUAGAUCCUGGCAUUCCACCUGGAAGGGGGAGCAGGAAAGAUUGGCACCGACACAGGAAAAAGGCUCUGUCUUCCUUGGAGAAAUAAACAACAGUGACUCAAAGUUAAUUUUUAAAAAGGAUCGUAGUCAGCAUCUAAAACUAGAAAUGGUUCCGUGGUCUGCUGCCGUCGCUUUCAGCAAUAUUCACGUGGUCCAGUGCAGAGUUGGGAGAGAAUUUUGGAGGCACUGCCCUAGCUGGCUAGUUUUCUAUGUAUCGGGAAUAUUUAUACAUAUAUGUGUGUAUUGCAUCAAAGGAGCAUUCAUUCAUUUGCCUGGACAGUCUGAAGUGCAGAUCCGUCAGUGAGGACUAGCCCUAAGAUCCAAGCUAUAUAAUAAUAAUAGUAAUAAUAAUAAUAUAAAAAUAAAAAUAAAUUUAUUUAUACCUCACCUUCCGUGGCCAGAGCUGGGCUCAGGGCAGCUAACACCAAUAAAAUCACAGUAAAAACAUAAUAAGGGGGGGAAGAGGGGGAGGGAAAACCAAUUUAAAAUACAGGUUAAAAUGCAAUUUAAAAUGCAGCCUCAUUUUAAAAUAGCCGAUAAAUCAAGACCAUAAGGGGAGGGAAACAUAAGGGUCAGACUAAGUCCAAACCAAAGGCCAGGUGGAACAGCUCUGUCUUGCAGGCCCUGCGGAAAGAUGUCAAGUCCCGCAGGGCCCUAGUCUCUUGUGACAGAGCGUUCCACCAGAUCGGGGCCAGUGCUGAAAAGGCCCUGGCCCUAGUUGAGACCAAUCUAACCACUUUGUGACCUGGGACCUCCAAAAUGUUGUCAUUUGUGGACCUUAAGGUCCUCCGCGGGGCACACCAGGAGAGGCGGUCCUGUAGGUAUGUGGGUCCUAGCCGCCUUAAUUUGUUUACUUCAGUUCUGAAUUAUUUCCCAUGAGGCAUCCCGAAACGAUUUACAAUAUAACAACACACACACACACACAAAGUUGCAUAUGUAAAAGCAUCUUUUAAUGGAAUCCUAGAAGGGACCCCUUGGGUCAUCUAGUCCAACCCCCUGCAAUGCAGGAAUCGUUUGCCCAAUGUGGGGCUCAACCCUGCUCUAUCAUAUGAAUAAGAAAGAAAACAUUUUGACAACAACAGCACAUACAUAAAAUCACUUAAAAUCCACGACAGAUGCCAAGCUUGUUGUGCAAGAGGAGCAUCUUCAGCAGGCGCACCGAACUGCCUUGCUCUCUUGCGCCCGCGCUGCGCUUGUGGGAGUCCCAGAGGCAUCCGGCCAUCAUCCUCUGUGGGAGACAGAUUGCUGGACCAGAUGGGUCUUUGGUCUGAUCCAGGAGAGCCCUUACGAAUGCUGUAGCUCCCGUCUCCUUCCGCAUCAUGUGAGACUUAAGACAGGGAUCUUCUCCUGUGCUCCUUGUAUUUAUCGUGUUUUUAAUAUUCUAUUGUGAACAACCCAGACUGGAUGGGGAAACCCAGCCAGAUAGGUGGGAUAUAAAUAAUGUUUUUUAAAAAAUUAUUAUUAUUAUUAUUAUUAUUACAGUCAUAGCUCAUGUUACGUUUGCUUCAUGUUACAUUUCUUCAAGUUGCGUCCCACAGCGACCCGGAAGUACCGGAAAGGGUUACUUCCGGGUUUCACCACUCGCGCAUGUGCAGACGCGCAAAAUGAUGUCACACGCGUGCGCAGAAGUGGCGAAUCACAACCCGCGCAUGCGCAGACGCGCCGCUGCGGCUUGCGUUCCUUUCAUGUUGCGAACGGGCCUCCAGAAUGGAUCCCGUUCGCAACCAGAGGUACCACUGUAUUAUUACUACUACUCCUAUGGCAAGAUCAGCCUGAGAAUUUUCUGGACCACAUAGGAUUACGAAUAUCCUGACGUUUCUAUCCCGCUUUCCCCCCAAGGAACUCAAUGUGGCAUGCGUGGUUCUCCCUCUCUCCAUUUCAUCAUCACAGAAACCCUGUGAUAUAUUUGAUGUGGAGACAGUGGCUGGCGAGGUCCUGUGAGGUUCAUGGCCACGUGGGAAUUUAAAUCCUUGUCUCCUGGGUCUUAGUCCCACAGUCUAACCACAACGCCAGUGUCUCUGUAAAAACCUAGUCUCUGAAGCUGCUUCUUGCAUCUCAAGCAAGACAAUGAAUUAAACUUCCGCUGUGGGUUAAACAACAGAGCCUAAGACUUGCCGAUCAGAAGGUCGGCGGUUCGAAUCCCCACAACGGGGUGAGCUCCUGUUGCUCGGUCCCUGUCCUGCCAACCUAGCAGUUUGAAAGCACGUCAAAGUGCAAGUAGACAAAUAGGUACCACUCCAGCGGGAAGGUAAACGACGUUUCCGUGCGCUGCUCUGGUUCGCCAGAAGCGGCUUAGUCAUGCUGGCCACAUGACCCAGAAGCUGUAUGCCGGCUCCCUUGGCCAAUAAAGCGAGAUGAGCGCCGCAACCCCAGAGUCGGCUAUGACUGGACCUAAUGGUCAGUGGUCCCUUUACCUUUACCUUUCCCCCCUACCUCCCAGACUCCUGAGGAAACUCGAGGGAUGCUGUGCACUAAACCAAAAAGUAUACACCGUAAUUACACUUGCACAGUAAACAUCACGUCCGGUUUGACUCUUAAGAACCCAACAGUCUCUCCUUUGGAAGGGAAGCUGCUCUGCUAAUGAUGCUCCGAGUUUGUUACCUCUCACGGAAGAGGGAUUAAAACCAAUAUGUUCAGCCGAAGAAAAGAAGUCAGACCACAGCGAGCGUUCCUUCCCGCCUGGUUCUCUGAUCAAGUACAGCUAGUACAUAAAAAGCUGCGGUGGGAAGGCGCUGGAUCCAUGUGAUUGAUUCUCCUUUCCAAAGGAAUCCCAGGGGACUCUUGAUUUUCUUUGUUGCCUGUUACUGAAGUACAUGCACCUAGCUUGUCGUUCCUGACCACAAAUCCAUUUCCCUGCCUGGAGAUAAAUAGCUCAUAGGAUCCGGAGGCUAACUGGCCUAUUUCCGAAGCACUUUAAUGUGAUAUGUUGUGUGGGUUGCACUCAGCAAGGAAGUAUGUGUCUCAGCUUUGCGAGCUGACCCAAUCCUAUGUUUGUUUACUCAAGAACUGCUUCCCUCCAGAUGAACUGACCUGAACUGAUCAUCACCUGAGGCCCUUCUUCACGUGCCUCCUCCAUGAGCGUGUCGUAGGGCCUUUUCUGUGGUGGCUCCCCACUUGUGGGAUGCCCUUCCCCAGGGAGGGAAGCCUGGCACCUUUCUUGCAUAUCUUUAGGUGCGAGAUGAAAACAUUUCUCUAUAACCAGGACUAUCCUACUUUUAGAAGACAUCUGAAGGCAGCCCUAUUUAGGGAAGUUUUUAAUGUUUAAUGCUAUAUUGUGUUUUUAAUAUUCGAUUGGGAGCUGCCCAGAGUGGCUGGGGAAACCCAGCCAGAUGGGUGGAGUAUAAAUAAUAAAUUAUUAUUAUUAUUAUUAUUAUUAUUUAUAUUUAUAUUUAUAUUUAACUAACAUUUCAUGGCCUUUUAAAUGUGCUUGUGGGAGGGUUUUAUUUAUUUUUGUGUAAUUGUGUACUUUGUGUUCUCAUUUUAUAUUUUUAUAUUGUGAAGCACCCUCUGAUCUUUGGAUGAAGGGCGGUAUAUAAUAAUGAUCUUUGGAUGAAGGGCGGUAAUAAAUAAUAAUGUAAUACUGAAAAGUAAUUCUCUGUCUCUCUCACACCAAUGCUGUGGACUUCGUUCCUCCCCAAUCAGGUGCCUUCCAGAUGUUUGGGGAAGCAACUGCCGUCAGCCCCAGCCAUGAGACAUCUGGAUGGCACCAGGUUGCGGAAGACUGGUCCAAUGGUUUGAUUGCUGGACUAGAACCAGAGAGACCGGGGUUCGAAUCCCCAGUCGAGAAGCCCACCUCUCAGCCGAACCUGCCUAACAGGGUGGUUGAGAGGAGGCAGGAGAGAAGAAUAAUGAAAGUCGCAACAGGGAACCAAGUGCUGCUCAGUGAGAAAGCAGGAAGUGCAGGGCUUUCAGCAGAUGACUGUAGCAGCUGGCAGAUCCUGGAGCUUCCACAGUCACUCAGAGGCUUCUCAUUGCUCUCUGCUCCUGUGGUUUCCAGCAACAGGUAUUUAGAAGAAUUUUACGGCCACCAAUUGUGGAGGCAGAGCAAGCACGUGUGCUGCUUGGAUUUCUUCAGCAGCUGCAUCGCAGCAAGAUAUUCAACAGGCGUAGCUUGCUCCUUCACUCCAUGUUGCAAAAAGCUGCAUCCAUUGAGUGUAUUAUUCAGUGCUGUGCCUCUGUCGGGGCGGUACAGUCAUGCCUCUUGUUACGUUAUCUUCAGGUUACAUACGUCUUUUCAGGUUGUGUCCUGCGGCAACCUGGAAGUACCGGAAAGGGUUACUUCUGGGUUUCACUGCUCGCACAUGUGCAGACAUGCAAAAUGACGUCACACGCAUGCACAGAAGUGGCGAAUCGCGACCCACGCGUGCGCAGACGCGGGUUGUGUUCUCUUCAGGUUGCGAACGGGGCUCCGGAAUGGAUCCCGUUCGCAACCAGAGGUACCACUGUAUACCUUUUAACGUGUCCUGGCCAAAAACCAGGACACGCAUCUUCUGGGUUAGUGACCCGCAUGAGAUCACAGCCGCUAAAAAGGGGUGCUUUGGGGGGGGUGAGAUCACUUGAGAUCCUGGCGCCCAAAUUAGCUGCCAUUCUCUUGCAUGAAAAAUAGGGGAUGUCCUGGUUUUCCCAGGGCAUUUGUGGGGUAUGGGGUGGUGUGGAGAUGCAAUCCUUGAGGGCAGGGGAAACUUUCCUUUUCAAUAUACCCUCAUCUCUCCCCUCCUCCUCCUCCUCCGUGGGGCUUGGCAAAUUAAAUAACUUUCCUUCACAGGAGCAGUGAAAUUGAGUGUUUAUGAAGCCAUCUUGGAAGCUUUGACCUGAACGCAUUUGCAGAAGUGCUGAGUGGUGUUCUGGUAAUAAAGGGGCUAAUAAAUCAAAGAGAGAUGUUCAAAGGCAUUGUUUUCGUUGUUUCCCACCAACACCUCUAGUUGCUUAAUUUAUUUUUUUUGUAGAAAACAACUGGAGAGCAGCAGCGAUAGAGGCUGCGCUAUUGUUUGCUGAAGGUGAGAGGGGGAGCGUUGUUGUUUUAAUUUUAUGGUUCGGAAGUGGUGUUGAUUGUGUUGAAAAUUAGGCGUGGUGGAAAAUGCCAGCUGUGGCAAAAGUGACAGCUUGGCAAAGUGGGUGCCAAAAUGUACAUCAGGGCCAGGAAAUCACAGAAAGGAAAGCAAUGUGGGGGCUGGAGCUCUUUCAUUUUGCAGUUGAGAAGAGACUGGCUCACCUCUUCCUGCCCUUUUCAGCUGUUCUAAGGGCCUAAGUCAUGAGUAGGCAAGCUAAGGCCCUGGGGCCGGAUCUGGCCCAAUCGCCUUCUAAAUCCGGCCCGCAGACGGUCUGGGAAUCAGCGUGUUUUUACAUGAGUAGAAUGUGUCCUUUUAUUUAAAAUGCAUCUCUGGGUUAUGUGUGGGGCAUAGGAAUUCAUCCCCCCCCCAAAAAAAUAUAGUCUGGCCCCCCACAAGGUCUGAGGGACAGUGGACCAGCCCCCUGCUGAAACAGUUUGCUGACCCCUGGCCUAAGCCAAUAGGUAAAUAAAGGUGGCUUCUGUAUUUAGCAUGCAGGGUAAGGUGGCUCUUUAACGACGUGCAUAAGAACAUAAGAAGAGCCCAUCUAGUCCAGCAUCUUGUUCUUACAGUGGCCGACCACAUGCCCAUGGAAAACCCAUAAGUAGGAUUGACGCACAAGAGCAACUCUCCCCUCCGGUGUUUUCCAGCAACUGAUACUCAGAAACAGUGCGGCCUCCGACCGUGCAGGCACAAGUAAAGCCAUUGUGGCUAGUAGCCCCUGAGAACCCUCUCCUGUAGGAAUUUGCCUGAUCCUCUUUUAAAAUCUAGGUUGGUGGCCAUUCACUGUCUCCAGUAGCAAUGAGUUCCAUAGUUUAAUUACAUGUGUGAUGCAAGCAGCAUAAACUGGAGUGGGAGUUAUCAGCGUCAGAACAGGCAUGCAGGAUUAACCUUUUCCUGUGAUGCUGUGGUCCUGAAGGAGCCAAUCAUAGAAUUGUCGAGUUGGAAGGGACCCCGAGAGUCAUCUAGUCCAACCCCUUGCAAUGCAGGAAUCUCAACUCAAGCAUCCAUGAUAGAUGGGCAUCCAACCUCUGCUUAAAAACCUCCAAGGAAGGAGAGCCCACCACCUCCCGUUGGAGUCUGUUCCAUUGUCAAACAGCUCUUAUUGUCAGAAAGUUCUUCCCAAUGAUUAGUCGGAAUCUCCUUUCUUGUAACUUAUGAACUGUUUGUAACCACCUCUGAAGCUAAAAUUUGCUGUGCAUAGAGGGGGAAUCCCAGUUAGUGUCUAAGGCAGAUUUCCUCCCAGUGCAAAGAGUCAAUUCGGUUGAGUGGACCACAACCCCCAGCAAGGGGAAGGAAGGAGGGAAUUCUGCCUCUCACUUGGACUAUUGCAAUGCGCUCUAUGUGGAGCUACCUUUGAAGGUGACCCGGAAACUACAACUAAUCCAGAAUGCGGCAGCUAGACUGGGGACUGGGAGCGGCCGCCGGGACCACAUUAUACCGGUCUUGAAAGACCUACAUUGGCUCCCAGAACGUUUCCGAGCACAAUUUAAAGCUGUAAACAGCCCCAGCCUGGUAUACCUGAAGGAGCGUCUCCACCCCCAUCGUUCAGCCCGGACACUGAGGUCCAGCACCGAGGGCCUUCUGGCGGGUCCCUCACUGCAAAAAGCCAAGUUACAGGGAACCAGGCAGAGGGCCUUCUCGGUGGUGGCGCCCGCUCUGUGGAACACCCUUCCAUUGGAUGUCAAGGAAAUAAACAACUACCAGACUUUUAGAAGACAUCUGAAGGCAGCCCUGUUUAGGGAAGCUUUUAAUGUUUGAUGCAUUACUGUAUUUUAAUAUUUUGUUGAAAGCCACCCAGAGUGGCUGGGGAAGCCCAGCCAGAUGGCCGGGGUAUAAAUAAUAAAUUAUUAUUAUUAUUAUUAUUAUUAUUAUUUAUUGUUAUCUACACCUGCUAAGGAUUCUGAUGGUUAUCAGCCAGCCAGAGACACCCCCCUUAUUUACUAUUUACAUUUUUUAAAAGGUUAAAUGCAAAGAAUUUGGCUUCAAGUGGAUACAGUGAACCUGUGGGGGAGAUGGCGAGGUCCAGUCUCAAGCUGUGCACCAUUGGGUCAAUUUUCACCCAUCAGCUACGCUGGCAGGGGCUGAUGGGAGUUCUGGUCCAUCAAUAUUUAGAGGGUACCAUGUUGGCUGCCCCUUCAUUAGAAUGUCUGCAGAGAAUCCCUCCCACACAUAUGGGGCAGAACCUGCCAUUGCAAAGCUGAUUUCCCCCUUCCCCUGAGUUUAUCGUAUUUGUUAUUUAAACAUGUCUAUGCUGCGUUUCAGGGCAAAAACCCUCCCGAGAUUGUCAUGCACGUAUAAAUAAAACGUAAAAUGCAAAACUGAAACCUCUUCUUCCAAUAAAACUCAGCUGUUAAAAUGGCAGUUUAAAAUCAUUUCACGGCACAACACUCAUAUAACACCAAUUAAGGCAAUCUAGAGGAAACCAUUUUAAAAGCCGGAGAGGUAUAAACCAUGAAAUCGUCAAAAAUUGCACCCACUUACAGCAUCUCAAAAGACACUUCUCUGCGGUGUCAGGGUGCUAACUCCCCCUCCCCUUUUCCUCUGUCACGCAGUUUGGUGUUAGGUUGCCAGCUCAGAUCCAGACCCCAAAAUGGCUCUUGGAGCAUAGCUUGGAAAAGAAGAAUUUUAUUAUUUAUACCCUGCCCAUCUGGGUGGGUUUCCCCAGCCACUCUGGGCAUAAAACUGUUCAUUAUUGUUAUUAUUAUUCUAUAGAAUACAGAGCUCACAGAACCAAAGAACUGCAGAGUUGGGACUCCCAAGGUUCAUCUAGACUGACCCCUUGCAAUGCAGGAAUGAUGACUAAAGAAUCCCCGACAGGUGGUUAUCUGACCUCUGUUUAAGAACCUCCAGCGAAGGAGUGGCCUUCCGAGUUGCAUGGAACAAUUCUCAUGUAUCUAAACGUAACUGAUCGAUCAAUUAAUUACUUAAACAAAUGGUGAUAAAUCAACCCCCCAAAGCGUUUUUGCAGCCGGGCCCAGUAUCAGGACCCAGCACCUGUGAGUCACUGUCAGUCACUGGCCCAGCAGGGCAGGCUGGAGCCAGACAUCUGGGUCUGCAAACCACUGUUUAGAUUUCCCACCAUCCCCCAAAAUUAUCAGGGACGUUGCUGGGAAUUUUAAGGGUCACAUUCUGCUGUGACCAGGUGAGCUCAUUACUUUGGCAGGUAGAGGGGCACGCCAGUAUAAAUGGGGUGCAUUAGAAGCCCUUUGCUGUCCAAACCUGGAGCCAGCCUCGUUUGCAGCCUUUCACAUUAGGUACGUUGCAAAAUAAUCAAAUGAAUCUGGAAGCAAAUUUGCCCAGGUGUAUUCCCCCCCACCCCCGGAUUUCUUCCUACAUUUCUGCUGGUGUGACGAAGUCUUUGGCUGUGUCCAGACAGCACUUUAUUCUUUGAGAUUUGCUCGCCUAUAAUUUCCAAACUUUAUACAAUCUUUCACAUGACAUGAAGGCCUCUUCUGGAAAUCGAGCUUACGGUUUAAUGCUCAUCUCUGUGAUCAUUGCUUCCAGAAAAAAUCCAUUCGCAACCUCACGAACCUGGAGUUUUGUGCUGCAAUUUCCUCACUGUUUCCAUUUAUUCAGUUAUCACAGUUACAUCACAACUUUCCACCCGGGAGUUUGAGGCUCCCCAUUUUAUCCUCACAACAGCCCUGUGAGGUAGGUUAGGCUGUGACCAGCCCAAGGUCACCCAGUAAGCUUCAUGGCUGAGGCAGGAUUUGAACCCUGGUCUUCCAGGUCCCAGUCUGAUGCUCUAACCCAGCCUUUCUCAACCUGUGGGUCCCCAGAUGUUGUUGAACUACAACUCCCAUCACCCCUAGCUAGCAAGGCCAGAGCUCAUGAAUGAUGGGAGUUGUAGUCCAACAACAUCUGGGGACCCACAGGUUGAGAACCACUGAAGUCUAACUCAUGGGUAGGCAAACUAAGGCCCAGGGGCUGGAUCCGGCCCAAUUGCCUUCUAAAUCUGGCCCACGGACGGUCUGGGAAUCUGCGUGUUUUUACAUGAGUAGAAUGUGUCCUUUUAUUUAAAAUGCAUCUCUGGGUUAUUUGUGGGGCAUGGGAAUUCAUUUAUUGCCCCCCCCAAUAUAGUCCGGCCCCCCACAAGGUCUGAGGGACAGUGGACCGGCCCCCUGCUGAAAAAGUUUGCUGACCACUGUACCACACUGUGGCUCUCUUUCAUGGAUCAUGCCAUGCGACGAAUUUUGGGGUGGUAUGGAUCAGGGAGGGACGCGGGUGGCAUUGUGGUCUAAAUCACAGAGCCUAGGGCUUGCCGAUCAGAAGGUCGGCAGUUCGAAUCCCCACGACGGGGUGAGCUCCCAUUGCUCGGUCCCUUCUCCUGUCAACCUAACAGUUCGAAAGCACAUCAAAGUGCAAGUAGAUAAAUAGGUACCACUCCGGCGGGAAGGUAAACAGCGUUUCUUUGCCCUGCUUUGGUUCACCAGAAGCGGCUUGGUCAUGCUCGCCACAUGACCCGGAAGCUGUACGCCGGCUCCCUCGGCCAAUAAAGCGAGAUGAGCGCCGCAACUCCAGAGAGGGCCACGACUGGACCUAAUGGUCAGGGGUCCCUUUACCUUACCGCUGUGUCACUCUGUGCCUACUGGUACGAAUGAAAUUUCAUGCAGUGUGGAGGUAUAUCUGCCGGAGAGCCAUCGUUCCACAGCAUAAUGGGCAAUGCAGCAUAAAAGGAACAUCAGAAACCAGGGCAGAGGUGCUAGUAUUAUAACCAGGAAAGCGAAGGCAACCAGCCCCACAUCUGAAUGCAACCUCGGAGCCUCCAAUCGGAGAGCCGUGUCACGCAGGCAGUAAUGAAUGUGUCUGCAAGGGUCAUUCAGCCUUGCUCAUCUGGGUGUAUGAAAGACCCUGGAAAUCCCCACUUGACAUGGGAUUAAGAGGGGCUGAGCUGCGGAAGUGGGCAGCAGAUUUAGAAGUCUGGUGGCGUUUGUGGAUUAAGCUGUUUUCCAGCCCUUUGCAUUCUGCCUCGUUUUGCAUGGCCCGCCUUGAGAGUGAAUGAAACCAGCGAGGGGCUGGGGGAGAAAGGGAUUAUCGGAUGGGGCGGACAAUGAGGCAGGAGGAAGGGGGAGGCUCCCCUAGCCAGCGGGAGAGUGUUGUGUGUGCACGCAAAGGAUGCCAAGCUCUUAAUCCUCCUCUUUUAAUUACAAGGCCCAGAUAGGUAGCUUCCAGGAACUGGGGGCACGAGAAAGAAGCAGGGGACAGACUGCGGUUUGUGCGAAACGACGGAAGAAGCAGUCGGAGGGAAUUGUUUGAGGCGUUGUGAAGAAGGGGAAAAGAAAUGAAAGCGAGCAGAUCCUUCAAAGAAGGCACUAUGCGUUCUCUCACAUUUCGCCAUCUUUCCUUUAUCCCUCUUUCCCUCAAGAUUUCCGACCUACCAGCAUCUCAGCAGCCCCAACCGAUCAACGUCUGAGUGGCCCAAGAGUGUGUUGUGCUAACAGAACCAUAGCCUAAACAGCGAGCAAAUUCCAGAUUCUGCAAGCUCCAACUAGAACUUACUAGCAGAGCACGCAGCAAUAUGAAAGUAUUUUGCAGAAACAAAAAUAAUAUUAAUAAUAUUUUUAAAUGGGUAGUGUAAUUUGUGAGCUUGGACCAUGCCAAACAAUGGGCCGAGUCCAUCCAAAGUCACAUUUGGUUCACCAUCUUGAUUCAAAAUGUCACCCAGCAUCCAGGCAUCAAUGAAGACAGCUGCCCCAGCUCGGGAACCUUCGUGCCAAAAUUGGUGACUAUAUCUCAAGAGAUGGCCAAACGUAUGCCUAAAAAAUAUGGGCAAAGUCGCACCAAAAUCACAUUUCGGUGUGCCAUCUUGAAUCAAAAUUUCACCCAGCAUUGAAACAUCAACAAAAACUGUCCCCCCUAUAACCCUCAUUCCACGUUUAGCGAUGAUACCUUAAGGGGCAACCAAAUCCAUUGGCAAAGUUGUACCAAAGGCACAUUUGGGGAUGGAUCAGGGCAAUUGAGAUGAGGUUAGUUCCAAGGAGGUUGUUGUGGUUGCGAGAUUGCCUGUUCCACAAGGUGGUCUCUAACUGGCCUUAGAUAGGCUUGUCCUCUCUGUUAAGAGACCAAGUGUGCUGAUUGGGACUGCAACUUGACUCUGCAAUAACUGGGGAAGUCCAGGGGCUGGUAGCCAGAAAUGCCUUUCUCCAGCUUCAUAGCAGUCCUGCAGAGAUCUGGCCUGUAGACUUUGAAGCCAACCCAAGGGUCAACAAGUCCAAUCCUUGCAAGGCAAGAAUAAUAAUCCUUGUUCCGCUCAUGCCCAACUCAGGUUUGUCAUUCGCUGUAGGCUGGGCUUCUUUUAAAGACAACCAGGAAAGUUGUAGUAAACAAAAAAUCUGCCCUUUUCCCUUUUGGGGUAUCCAAGAGCCCGUAUAGAGUCCUUAAGUGGUAGGAGAAAAUAACAGAGGCCAACCAGAGAAUAUUGAGAAGCAAAGCAGCUAGUAAGCUUGAUCUUUAUUGAUCUGUUGCAAUAGAGUCCUCACUCACCACAUGCAGGAGGAAGGAGGAACCCAGAACAAUGGUGCGCAAGGCCUUAUAUAGACAUUUUAAAUUCCCAACCCUGGAGCUCCAGACCACCCCUCCAUACAUCAUACAUCAAUCACAGAAGGGGUGUAACCUAAGACCACUCCCCAGAUAACUACAUCACAGAAAAGGUGGUCUAAAACAGAAAUUUGAAUGUUGUUUUUCCUGUUUGCCAAAAGCUUUUUUAUAAAGUUAUACUUAAACAUUUUUUGUCUUUCCUGAUUGUCUUUCCUGAUAGUCUGUCACCCAUUAAAAUGCUGAUUACUCAAUUCCUGAGACAAUGGGAAGGCUCCCCAACGCCCCUCCCUCCUUGCAGGGAAAACAUUUGAUCAGUUUGGGAAUCAAAAUGGUUUCAGGUCAGUCUUCCUGUGCUGAUCUAUGUAUGUGCUUUGUUGGUGCACUUAUGAACAUUUAACAUAUAUCUAAGACUCCAAAGGAGGGACGUGGGUGGCGCUGUGGGUUAAACCACAGAGCCUAGGACUUGCCGAUCAGAAGAUCGGCGGUUCGAAUCCCCACGACGGGGUGAGUUCCCAUUGCUCAGUCCUUGCUCCUGCCAACCUAGCAGUUCGAAAGCACCUCAAAGUGCAAGUAGAUAAAUAGGUACCACUCCAGAGGGAAGGUAAACAGUGUUUCCGUGCGCUGCUCUGGUUCGCCAGAAGCAGCUUAUUAUGCUGGCCACAUGACCCGGAAGCUGUACACCGGCUCCCUCGGCCAAUAAAGUGAGAUGAGCGCCGCAACCCCAGAGUUGGCCAUGACUGGACCUAAUGCUCAGGGGUCCCUUUACCUUUAUCUAACACCCCAAAAUUCCUAUCACAAAGUUAAUGCCUGCUGCAAAAUGUGGCCGUGAAGAGCAUUUCUUAGAGUGGUACCAUAUAGAUGCGUUAGAAUAACAUGCAUUUUUAUUUAAAUCUCUUUUUUCACAUUGCAGUUCCCGUUUACAAAAAGGAAGCGGUUCAGACGGCCACCUCCCCUCCACACAACCCCACACAACAUUUGGUGCAAUGAAAUCAGGAUCCCUGAUGGAGCAACUGUGUACUCCCAUUUGUUCUGCCACUGUUCCAAACUGGAACCCUUUUACCCUGGAACGAAAGAUGUUCCCUGCACCCCGAACGGAUGUGCGAAUUGUAUCUCCUGAGCUUGAGGCUGUGCACCCUGUUGUGUCAUAUAAUGAGAGAGUCUGACCUCGCGAGUUGACCAAAGGCUCUCCAGGCCUGGACUCCUCCAUCAAAGUGUGAAUCUGUUUGCCGUUCCCCAAAUCCCUCUUUAUUUACGGCCCCCGUUUCCUUCCAUCUGCUCCUGCUGUUGCUCAGCCAGCCUCUUGCUUUACCGUAUUUUUAACUAGUCCAAAAUCAGCAGUUAGCUUCGAAAAUGAGAGUUCCCCAGCGCUUGGUGACAACUCAUGCGAUGAUACCGAUUUAUUCAGCAAGGUGCCCAUUUUUUAAAGUACCUGUACAAGGUAUAUCCAUUCCAACACACUAUCUCUUUUUUUAUUUUUUUUAAAUGAUAUUUAUUAAAGUUUCAAAGAAAAGAUUACAUAGAUAAACAGAAAAGAAAAAGGAAAAAAAGAAAAAAGAAAAAAUUACAAAAUACAAAAUACAGAAAAAAGAUAAAAAAAACACUUAAAAAAACAAAACACAUCGAUCUUUCCAUAACUUACAUUUCAUUUCCUUACUUCCCUGACUUCCUCACACCUCCCUUUUUUGUAUUUCAGUUCUAUUAGUUAAUUCAGCAAUUCCUUUCCCUCUUUGUUUUUAUCUUAGUCCUUUAACUUAACAUAUUAUAACUUUGGAUUCUCACCUGUUAACAAUCCAUUUUUACAUACACCUUUAUAACAUUGCUGCUAAGACCACUUAAUUUCAUUCUGACAUCAUUCUAACAUUCAUUAAUUUUGCAGUAUUUCUGUAGAUAAUCUCUGAAUUUCUUCCAAUCUUCUUCCACCAACUCUUCUCCCUGGUCUCGGAUUCUGCCAGUCAUUUCUGCCAGUUCCAUGUAGUCCAUCAGCUUCAUCUGCCAUUCUUCCAGAGUGGGUAAAUCUUGUGUCUUCCACAACACACUAUCUCUUUAAAGCACACGUGCAAAGAAUCCUGCGAACCCUCAUUCAUCCCUCCUGGCAGAAUCCCAGCACCUGUAAUGAACCACAAUUCCCAGAAUUCUCCUGGGGAAGCGUCGUGCUUUAAAUGUAUGGUGUGUGCACGGCACAAGUGUACCGGUUUUCAUGCACUUUGAUAACUGUGUCCCAAUCACACCUCUCAGGUGAGACACCGUUCUCAAAUCAUGCAGUGGAGCCAUAAACAGUGAAUAAUCUGAGCCACGCAGGGCAGCAUUCUUACAGUUUCGUAAGAUAUAAGAAGCUGCCUUCUUGGCCCACCUAGAUCAGUGCUGCCUGCACUGGCGGGCAGUGCGUCUCCAAGGUGUCAGACCUGGGAUCGUCUGCAUGCAAGGGAUUCUCUCUGUUGCUGAUCUGUGGCCGUUCCCUAAGUGCUAUCUCGGGGGCUGCCUUUGAGAUCCUGUUUAUGCAGUGCGCGAUCUGAAAGGUACCGCUCAGCACCACUUCUGAUUUCAAGGGAUGCUAAGAUGCACUCCUCUCCCAGGAGCUUGCCGGUCAGUAACCACACAGUUCAGAAUUGGACUUAACUCUUUAUUAGCAGAAGCACGAUCUGCACAGGAGUGUCAGGCCUAGUGAGCGCAGCAACCCAUCUCUAGGCCAGAGGAACAUUGCUGGAUGCAAACGCCCAUCCAGUUUUGUCUCAGCUGCAAGCAUGGAAGGCUGAUGCCUGCACAUAGAUCUUCCUUGCCGCAUUGUCUGUGUGCACAUGCAUGUCCGUUCCCCAUCAUCUCUGUGCCCUGCGGUCCUUUCUCCGCUUUCAUUAACUGCCCAAAGUUAGAGCAUGAGAAAUCACGAAUCGUAGGCUGCCACACCCCUUCUGCCAGAGCACAGGGGAGGGAAGACCCCCAAAUUCCUCUCUGGCGUGAGCAUUUGAAAUCCAGCUACAACCUUUCGAAUCAAGGGCAUUGGCAACCUUUGCGAGGAUGCAGUAAUCCUGCUUUUGCAAAGGGCUUGAUUAAUCUUCUCCCUUUUUGUUGUUUCCAAUUUCCAUUCCUUUUCCCUCGACCCCUUUCUACUUGCUUAUGCCCCUUGGCCAGGUUUAUUUCUGUGAAAGGGCAAUUGCUCAGGUAGGUCAUAUUUAUUCCCGCCCCCCGCCUCCCCCGGCUUUGAAGCUAUCCUCUUUCAGGGGUGCAUUUCACACAACGGCUUCAGUCAAGGGUCUCGCAGCUAGAGAGGCGAUGGAAUUAGCACACAAUAGAUCAAUGGCUUUCCGGAACACUUUCAUUCCUGGAACACACGAGGCAGACUUACACAGGAGCCUCCGUUCCUCAGCUCUCUGAUCUGCCUGUUUAUUGUAGUGCUCGCUGCUCGUCUUCGUUUGCCAGGAUCAACGGCAGCUUAGACAAAGCCGGAUGCUUUUUUAUCCAGGGAGACAGGCGCGCGAGUCUCGUGCAAGGGAGUUUCCUCAUUGACACACACACCCUUCCUUGAUCGUGGCGGGUUUUGAUUUUCUGAUUGUUAACGCAGGUGGAAGAGUCUGAUCUAAGGGUGAUUCUCUGUGGAUGGUAUUUGAGAGACUCUGCCAUGCGCUCUCUUUCAGAGCAUCAAAGACCUACAAUAUGUCCACAUGGUAAAUGCACCACUUACAUGUUUUGAUGUGUGUUUGUAAAUGCACCACCUUCCCAAAAGUGCUGCAGUCUUGGACCAGCGUCAAGGGUCAAGAUGACCAGGCACAUGCCAAGGUCCACAGCUCUGCAGAGGACCCACCACUGACCUGUGUUUGGGGAGUGAUCUCCCAAGGGAAGGGCCUUAGCUCUGUAGUAGAACAUCUGCAGAACAUCCCAGGUUUAAUUGAAGGUGGAGACCUAUCCCAAGCAGAUUUUCAUAAUUUUUGAAAAUACCAUUGGGGAAUAUAUAGAGAUAUCCCAUGUAGCAACUAUAUUGUCCGCACACUAGAUCAACAUCUUCUUGGAGUGAUUCGCAAUGAACCCAAGGUGUCUCUCCUGUUCAGCUGCCCCCAGUUCUGACCCAGGAGUGUAUAUGCUGAAAUAGCUGGGCUUUUGAUACAGCCCAGUGAGAAACUUCUUACGUCCUCCUAAGUCGUCUUCUUCUUCUUCUUCUUUGGUGAUCACUCAUAGCUGAGUAAGAUUGUCUUCCAUAAACACGGUUUUAACAGUGAGUCCAUAAGUGACUGUGGAGGCUAAUUCUGGAUCCACACGUCCUUCCACAGUGGGGACAUAGGUUUCUGGCUGGGAGUUGAUCAUGGUGAGGGUUUGCCAAGCGUGCCUUCCUCUUAGCACGUUUCUCCCUUGCGUCCUGAGUUCGAGCAUCUUCAAAACCCACGACACCUUUGGUAAAGGCUGUUCUCUAACUGGAGCCCUCGCAAGUCAGUGUUUCCCAAUUGUUGGUGUUUGUACUACAUUUUUAAAGAUUUGCCUUGAGACAGUCUUUAAACCUCAUUCGUUGACCACCAGCAUUACGCUUUCCAUUUUUACGUUCGGAACAGAAUACAGUGGUACCUCGGGUUAAGUACUUAAUUUGUUCCGGAGGUCUGUUCUUAACCUGAAACUGUUCUUAACCUGAAGCACCACUUUAGCUAAUGGGGCCUCCCGCUGCCACUGCGCCACCACCACACGAUUUCUGUUCUCAUCCUGAAGCAAAGUUCUUAACCCGAGGUACUAUUUCUGGGUUAGUGGAGUCUGUAACCUGAAGUGUAUGUAACCCGAGGUACCACUGUAGUUGCUUUGGAAGACAGUAAUCAGGCAUCUGCCCAACAUGACCAGUCCAACGAAGUUGAUGUUGAAGAAUCAUUGCUUCGACACUGGUGAUCUUUGCUUCUUCCAGUACACUGGCAUUAGUUCGCCUGUCUUCCCAAGCGAUGAGUAAUAUUCCUCAUCCUCCUAAGUAGCCUUCACAGGGCCGCAUGGACCCACACUCUGACUCUGUGUAAGGCAGAUAGAGUCCUACGACUGGAAGUAAAUUAUAUUUUGGAAAGCGGAAGACCUCAGGGUCUCCUGUUUCCCUAUUGUGUUUUCGGCUGGCGUGAAAUGAUGCACAGCUUUCUGCAUUGAGGUCAGCGCAGCAGACAUCUGAGUGGAGGGACCCGCCACAGCCAAUUCCUGGCAUAAAUCUAGGGUGAUCGUGUGGUGAAUCAUUUGUCUGCCUCCGGUGCGAAAUCUGGCUGUGGAGCGCAUCUUCCUCCCUGUGGAAAGUGUCUGGAAUGCACAGUUGCCGCUGGCCUCACGGUUUAAUUGCCUUGGAGUGAAUCAGCAUCACCAGUUUGGGGCUUUGUCAGAAGAAAAGGAAAUGUGUGUCUGUUUAAAAAUAAGAUGACAUUUAAACCAACAUUUGGGUGACUAUCUGGACUGACAGAGAGCAGAAAUAGUCCCAAAUGAUGCUGUGAUUUUUGCUCCUGGUGUCUUUUCACACCACUAUGGUAAAGACGGUGUUGGGAAUAAGAUUGAGGAAAAACUAAGUGUUGUUUUCUCUCUCUCGGUUAUUAAUAUUUUUAUUUUAAGGUUUUUCUUUUCCCCGUUUGACGCACCUUCAAAGGUGUUGCUGCCUUAGCAAUUGAAAUAGAGGAAAUAUUUAUACGAGAUAUAAAUACACUGCAUAAUGCAGCAGGAAAAGGCUGGGAAUAAAACCGUUAUGGAGGUAAAGGUGGGAAGUCAAACCAUUAAGGGAAAUAUGUAUUAAAGUCAGAGUUAAGGUACCAGUGUAUAUAAAUUACAGGAAAAGCCAUUGCCAUUAUAAUCGUCUUUUCUUUUAAUGGGAGAAUAAUGAUACCUUUAGGAGGUUACUGUAAAGCAGAGAUUUCCAUGCCAAGUAUUAAUGACAGCAGCAGCAGCACUAACAACUAGGGCGAUGUGUCACAAGCAAAUGAUGGUUUGGCAUGGAUUGUUGCUUACAGGUAGUCUGCAUGCAAGGCCGAGGAUCACCUGUAAGCAACAAUCCAUGCCAAACCAUCAUUUGCUUGUGACACAUCGCCUGGUUGUUAGUGCUGCAAUGGUACCCACCUGAGAGGUGCCAGAACCGAGUUCUGGCGAGUUUCGGCUGGGAAAAAAGCCCUGAUUAUUGUAAUGGCAUAAGAGAGGGUGCAGCAAGGAGGGGAAAUAAAAACACAGUGGAAAGUGGGAUGGGAAGUCGACAAAACAAAAUAAAUAGAUUAUUAUGUAUUGGAAUGUAUAGGUGAAAUAAUAAAAUAUAAUGGGGGGUGGGGAAGAAUUAUUAGUUACCCCCUAUACUGUAUUGUAGGUCUGGGAGGUGGAGGCUGAGAUAUUCUGGCUUCCCAAAAACCAGCUAAUCAUAUUCAUACCAGAGGUGAGAUUCCUUUUGAGAUAACGGUUUCCAUUUUUAGCUCUGCUGACCUCCAGAAUAGCCAGCGGUAACAAGUCACCCCAUCUCAUUCAUCCCAGGAGAAUAUGCAAAGUCUUAGUUCCAGUACUUUAGGCUAAGCUAUAUUAGAGUAAUUGCACAGACUUUCCCCCCCAAACAACCAUUUUUGCGUGCAUUCUCCCUCUAAAAUAUACGUAUGCUUUUUCAAUGCAUUUUCCUGCUAAAGUGCAAAUUUUUGUAUGCAUUUUUUUUUUAACCAAAACAGCAUCGCCAUAAUCAGAGAAGCGUUGGAGCCAACUCCUAGGAACCAAGGUCCCUUUGCCCCACCCCAUAAAAUAUUUGAGGGGGCUGCCCCCCCCGAAGUUAAUGGGCAUUGCCAUUCAAAUGGUGUGAUCCAUUAUGAUGUGGGGCAGGGCUUACAUGCCCUCCCCGAAUAUUUUAUUCAGGUUGGCACCCCUGGUGUGGAUCAGCAGCCGCGCUCCGAUGUACUGCAAAAUUCCAAUUAGGCCGCAGACUUUAAAAAUACAUUCCGCAUACGUUUCUCCUCCAUCCCUAAUAACACUGAUGCAAAAUAUUAUUUGCUACACGCCAAGCAAAAUGGGAUGUGGGUGGCGCUGUGGGUAAAACCUCAGUGCCUAGGGCUUGCCGAUCGCAUGGUCGGCGGUUCGAAUCCCCGCGGCGGGGUGAGCUCCCGUCUUUCGGUCCCAGCUCCUGCCCACCUAGCAGUUCGAAAGCACGCUUAAGUGCAAGUAGAUAAAUAGGUACCGCUUUAUAGCGGGAAGGUAAACGGCGUUUCCGUGUGCUGCGCUGGUGCUGGCUCGCCAGAGCAGCUUCGUCACGCUGGCUACGUGACCCGGAAGUGUCUCCGGACAGCGCUGGCCCCCAGCCUCUUAAGUGAGAUGGGCGCACAACCCUAGAGUCGGACACGACUGGCCCGUACGGGCAGGGGUACCUUUACCUUUUUACACGCCAAGCACAGGGUCCUGGGAGGCAGAAACCACUGACCCAGCUCUGGUUCCAGGCUUGCAGUUUCUGUUCCAGCAACCCCGUCGUCCAAAUAAUAGCACAGCUCAUUCCCUUGAGUUGGCUUUUUUCGUCAAACAGCCCCACCCAGCUGCCUGUUUGCACUCCCCUUCAAUAAAGCUUUUAAUUGCUGGGACAUAACGUUUAAUUGCAUUGCAUUUAGAUUGCUGGAGGGGAAUUGGCAGUCCAGCCGCGCGGAGAUCAGAGAGCGCUGUGGCUCGGCUAACCGCAGCGUUUGAUUCAGCCCUCUCUGCUCCAGCCCGACCGCAAAGACUAUAUGUAUAUAGUGAAGCGACGCGAUGUACGCCUGGCAGCAGAUGUGUCCCGAGUUCAGCGGAUUGCGCGUUUGAGUAAAUAGGCACGGGCUUGGGCUGCAGCCUGAAUCCGUGUCGUUUGACUUGGGUUAGGGAAAUACUUAAUAUACCUUCCAGCUCGGUGGGAACCCCAGGGCGGCUCGCGGUAAGGACGUUUGACAACGAAACAGUUUCAAAACGAAAGAAGCUGCCAGCAAUAAUAGCAAGGCCAAAGAGCAGCCAAAAAAGCCACCCCCAAAAAGCCAAGAGGAAUAGACACACAGAACUGAUCGUAGGUCAUAAAAGGGACCCCAGGGGGUUAUCUAUUCCAACCCCCUGCAAUGCAGGAAUCUUUUGCCCAAUCCACAACCCCGAGAUAAAGAGUCUCAUGCUCUACCAAGAUCUGCAUACAAGGAGAUGCAAGAUCCUUCUGAUCUGCUUUCUGCAGUUUUCCAAUGAGGAAGUCAACUGAGACUCCCGAGGCAGAGAAUUCUAAAAUCUGGAUGCCUUAACCAAAAAGGUGCUGUUUGCAUCACCUCUCUCCAAGCUUCCGAGAGAAGGAGGCGCCUGGAGCAGGGCCUCUGUCAGUAACCAAGCACGCAGGGUUUGGUCUGAGGAAACCAUUCUCAUAAGGUUCCCUGGGAAACGGGAUCGAUGGUUGAGCCACUCUGGGAGUUGUUGUUAUGUACUGAAGUUCUCUCCCUUGGCCAGCAGGGGGAUACUGUAGAUAGUUUUCACUCAGGUCCACAUAUGCAAAUAAGGAAUUGAAAGCGACGUUCAGUGAUUGGAUAGUUACAGAAAGUUGUUACUGUUGCUUUGUAGCUGAGCUCUGUAUAAGCAGGUUGGCUGAGCCCUUCAGUUCAGUUCAGUUCUGGCCUGUGAAUAAACAAGAGCUGUCUGAAGAAUCGCUGUGGCGUCUGAUAUGUUCACCCACAACUUAACAGUUGUAGCUCUAACUACUCUCAGAACCCUUUGCAAACUAUAGCUCCAAGUGGGGAGGAAGCUGUGACGGUUAAAAGUGUUGGCUAUUUGCAGAAUAGUUGCGCUGCAGAAAGCGUGCUGGGGAGACCACACAUUCAAGAAACGCAAAAUAACUUUUGCUAGGUUUUAAUAACAAAAACUCCUUUUACACUAAAUUACAUUAUAUCAAUAAGUGUGACCCAUCCACCAGGGUGCUGAGAGAACUACAUGCUGCUCUUUAUAUACCAUACCCAACAGUUUAAUUACCACAACUUAACAGCACCUUCUAUACUGCUUCACAGCUGCAAAACCAGGUCACGUUAUUUGCUCUGGCCUUUAAAGAAAUACACGUCUUGUGGAACAAGAAUGAACCUUCAGAUUUAAAGAGACCAUUCAACAAAAAGCGCUAUGGUAGCUCGCACCUGUCGCUCUGCCUGAGCCUACCUCGCAGGUUUGUUGUGAAGAUGAAGGGCGAGGGAACAGCGUAGCCCUGCAAAGCUCUUAACAAGGGUGGGAUUUUUAAAAAUUGCAUUUAUUGGUGUGCUUGUUUGCUUAUGGUUGCGUUUAUAUCCCACUAUUUUCUCUGAGGGUCUCAAGGUUUGCCACUCCCCAUUUAAUCCCCGCAACAACCCUGUGAGGUAGGUUAGGCUGAGAGGCAGUGACUGGCCCAAGGUUGCCCAGUGAGGUUCACAGCCGAGUGCGGAAUUCGAACCCUGGCCCUAGUCCGACACGCUGAAUAUGAUUUGAUCUUGAGGGGACGGGUGUGUUUGUGUAGGGGAGGAAUGUUGCAUUGGGAGAGAAUUACUGCCUCAUUGCCUCAGUUGGUUUUAUGUUCUCACCCUUCUCUCCCCGACAGCCGCUGCUGCUCACUUCAGCUUCUGUCAGAACCUUUUAGAACACACCGUGUCGGCCGAGAACCUCAAUUACCGCCUGCAGAGGAACUCUGGCAGCAGCCUGACCUGGCACGACGGGCGAAGCCAGCGGUCGGCGGGAGGGAGGACCGUCAAACUCUUACAGCAGCCAGGAACGGAAGGCUCCCAGGUAUGAUGGUGGGCAGGAAGUCUGCAAAUGUCGCCGGGAUCUGUCCCUUGGCAGGAACCAAAGACCCGCUGGUGCUUGUUCUCCGACAUGCAGCGAAACCGGCUGUGCGCCUGCACUGACAAGGGUCUGGGGGCCGCAUGCGGGCCCCCAGGCCUCUCUGCAGCACCCAUCACCGUACGUGUUUCUGCCUGGGUAGGCAAUGCUCUGGAAACCAGAUUGCAACUCCCUGCUUGCUUGGCUGCAGGAUACAGAGGGGUGUGGGCGCAUGCGUACAAGCUAGCUAAUGGCAGAAUUCACGACCGUUGCCCCGCCCACUUUUGCCUCAGGCCCCGCCCACUGGAGUGCAGCUCCUCCCUCCUGGCACCAGUCAAUCCCGAUCAGCUGCGGAGUCCUGGAUCGAAAAGGGUUCUGUCCCCAAAGAGGUUCCUCGCACCUUGGUCCGUGGAGAUCCAUGCGCAACAAUUGCACAUGCCUGUGCAUUUUGCGUGUGCAACUGCUGGAAAGCCAGGCUAUAUGCCCUCGUGGGUUUUUGUUGCACGGUGUGGCUGGAGCAACCCAACCAGAUGCGUGGGGCACAGAUAACACAAUUAUUAUUAUUAUUACUAUAAUUCUCUGUCUGUGAAUUGAGGGUUACAGCCAGACUGUUGCAGGGGUUUUUUUUUGGGGGGGGGGUUUCAGUCUGGAUGAUGCCCUGAGUCCCUUCCAGGUCUUGGGAUGCUGUGCCCAGUGAGGGCUAGAAUUUAAUAGGAUCCAAUUGCUGAAGUAAUAAUAAUAAUAAUAAUAAUAAUAAUAAAUAAUAAAUUUUAUUUAUACCCUGCCCUCUCCAGCCGAGACUGGGCUCAGGGCGGCUAACAACCAAUAAUAAAAACAAGUUGAUUGAAAUACAACUUAAAAAACAAGAUUAAAAUACAACAUUGAAACAUUAAAAUGCAGCCUCAUCACAGGAGAAAGGAAAAAAGAGAAAGAGUGGGAGGGAAUGAAAUUGAUUCUAAGCCAAAGGCCAGGCAGAACAACUCUGUCUUAAAGGCCCUGCGGAAAGAAAUCAGAUCCCGCAGGGCCCUGGUCUCACGAGACAGAGUGUUCCACCAGGCCGGAGCCAGUGUUGAAAAGGCCCUGGCUCUAGUUGAGGCUAAUCUGAAUUCCUUACGGCCCGGGACCUCUAGGAUGUUGCUAUUUAUGGACCUUAAGGUCCUCCGCAGGGCAUACCGGGAGAGGCGGUCCCGUAGGUGCGAGGCUCCUAGGCAAGCUUCUUUGUAAUGCAGCGACCUUCACAGCUGGCCACCCAAGUGUCCUCAUCAGCAUCCCAAAAGAAUGAGCUCUUUGCAAGAGCUGCAAGGAAGUGAUGGUGCCCUCCAGGCUAAGGGGUGGGCCUAUCCUCCUCUCACCCUCACCUGUUGUGUAGAAUAAUAGCUGGAGAGUUCACAGAAUCCUGGAGUUGGAAGGUACCACCAAAUCCAACCCCCUACAAGGCUGUGUGUAUGUGUGAGUGAGUUGAAAACAGGCUGGAAGCUAGAGACACAGAGGCAAGCUGAAUCUGUGACUAAUAGAGAAGCAAGAUCUGUUGGGGUGUUCAUGCUGCGAGCCCCUCCAUAUUAGAAUCAGUUUAUUAUUAUUUAUUGUUUUAUUGUUUUUAAAUUUAAAUUUUUUUAUUGAAAUAAUUCAACAUUGAUACAGUUAUACAUACAUAUUACGGAUAUACAAACUGUCAGGAAACUGCCAUCGGCUCAGAGGCGAGAAAUAGAAGGGCAGUUGUGUUACAGGGAGCCUCCGAAAAUCUUGCAAAGCAGCUCCUCUUCCGGGGAGGAGGAAAGCCCCACCUCCAGUGGGGAAGAGGUGCAAGGACCAGAGGAUGCUGGUGGGAGCCUUAACACCGCUUCCGGGCAAGCCGGACAGGAGGGAAACACGCCUUUGCCAUCACCCAUCCUGUGCAGUAGUUUGGGGCGCAGAGAGGGGAGGAGACGUUUUGGGGUAACGAAACUCUUAUGUUGGGGGAGGUCCCAAAAAAGACCACCCCCAGAUUCUGCUAGCGAUUGAGCCAGAUGUGAGCUUUGAGGCAGAGAGCUAGUGUGGUGUAGUGGUUAAGAGUGAUAGACUCGUAAUCUGGUGAACCGGGUUCGAUUCCCCACUCCUCCACAUGCAGCUGCUGGGUGACCUUGGGCCAGUCACACUUCUCUGAGGUUUCUCAGCCCCACUCACCUCACAGAGUGUUUGUUGUGGGGGAGAAAGGGAAAGGAGAAUGUUAGCCGCUUUGAGACUCCUUCGGGUAGUGAUAAAGAGGGAUAUCAAAUCCAAACUCUUCUUCUUCUUCUUCUUCUUCACUGUAAAUAGUUUACACCAAAAUAAAGCCUGUAAAAGACAGGUCGGAGUCCUGCCUGGUUACUCGUGAGCAACCGCAACAGCCACCUGACACAAACAAACAUACAUUUCAUACAAUCCUAAAAAAUAUUCAUACAUACCCACACACAAUCCCGCACAUACUUCCUUUUCCCAUCACCGUCCCUUACCCCACCCUGUGCUAGACUUCCAAUCUACUCAAUUGCAAUUUCUAUUUAUUAUUUAUUGAAUUUAUAUACCGGCCUAUAUUCAGGGCAAUUCACAGAAUAAAAUUUAGAAAAAGGGGAAAGACCCCUGGACAGUUAAGUCCAGUCAAAGGCCACUAUGGGGUUGAGGCGCUCAUUUCACUUUCAGGCAGAGGGAGUCGGUGUUUGUCCGCAGACAGCUUUCUGGGUCAUGUGACCAGCAGGACUAAACCACUUCUGGCGCAACGGGACACCGUGAUGGAAACCAGAACAGUGCACGGAAACACUGUUUACCUUCCCGCCGGAGUGGUACCUAUUUAUCUACUUGCACUUUGACAUGCUUUUGAACUGCUAGGUGGGCAGGAGCUGGGACAGAGCAACGGGAGCUCACCCCGUCGUGGGGAUUCGAACCGCCAAUCUUCUGAUCAGCAAGCCCAAGAGGCUCAGUGGUUUAGACCACAGCGCCACCCGCGUCCCUGAAUCACAGAAUAAAAUCAGGAUAUAAAACCACAAAAUACAUAAUCAAUCUUUAUUACGGUUCAGAGACCCAACAAAUUGUUACAAAGCAAUACACAAUUUAUACAGCCUACCUCCAGGUUAAACAAGCAUUUUGUUCAAAAUAUAGGGAUCAUUGGUUCUUGCAACCACCGAUAAAAACUUUGCCACUGCUAAUGUUCUAGCGUUUGUCUGGUCUUCCAAUAGGAACCUGACAUAGUGAGCCUCUGAUUUUCCCGGGAAAGGUACCAGCAAGGGUAAUACAUAAUAAAAAUUAAAACAACAACCCAAUAGCUCCCCACCAAACACACAUUAUGCUAAACAAGAGCAGUUUUCGUGAAUGUUUUCACAUCAGAAAGCAACCCCCUCAUUCCAGUGAAUCUUGAGGUUGUGUAUAUGUGUAACUUCUUGGGAGAAAAACAAUGACAAACCUAGACAGCAUCUUAAAAAGCAGAGACAUCACCUAAUCAGCAAAGGUCCGUAUAGUUAAAGCUAUGGUUUUCCCAGUAGUGAUGUAUGGAAGUGAGAGCUGGACCAUAAAGAAGGCUGAUCGCCAAAGAAUUGAUGCUUUUGAAUUAUGGUGCUGGAGGAGACUCUUGAGAGUCCCAUGGACUGCAAGAAGAUCAAACCUAUCCAUUCUGAAGGAAAUCAGCCCUGAGUGCUCACUGGAAGGACAGAUCCUGAAGUUUAGGCUCCAAUACUUUGGCCACCUCAUGAGAAGAGAAGACUCCCAGGGAAAGACCCUGAUGUUUGGAAAGAUGGAGGGCACAAGGAGAAGGGGACGACAGAGGACGAGAUGGUUGGACAGUGUUCUCGAAGCUGCCAGCAUGAGUUUGACCAAACUGCGGGAGGCAGUGGGGGACAGGAGUGCCUGGCGUGCUCUGGUCCAUGGGGUCAUGAAGAGUCGGACACGACUAAGCGACUAAACAACAACAUAUGUGUAACUAAAACCAUCUAUGCUAAAGACAUUGUGCUCUCCGCUGACCUUCAUUCCAAAGAAACUGAACCCUAAAUAAGAGAACCUCUGGAAUCUCUCACUUCUCAGAGAUUGGGGUGGUCUGUAACACGCACCAUCCCUCCCCCCAAGAAUUUUGGGAACUGUAGUUUACUUCCUCCCGCACAGCUACCAUUUCCAGGGCCCUUAAGAAACUACAGUUCUUUGAGGAAAGCCAUAUGCUUUAAGGGCGUGGCACAGAUUCUUUGAAGCCGUUUUGGCACAUCUGCAGCGGCCCAAAGGAAGCCAAGACCAUCCUCCUGCUUUUGGGAUUACGGAGGUGGCCUUUCAGUCAGAAUUAAGCCCCAGAAAUACCUGCCAAAAACCAGCUCCUUUGUUCCUUUCCUUCUCGGGAACAGAGCUUUCCCUCCCUAACAUCCUUCUUUGAAUCUCAGUUCCGUCUUUUGCAGGAGGGGCGCUGAAGCAGGGGAGUUGGGUGGGGGACGACGAGAGGCUUGAAAUGCAGAACUGGCUGCCUUCAGCCUGGAAGGAAAAUACAGGGGAAAAGAAAAAGAAAAAAGCUUCCUUUUAAACCAGCUGAAAAAUUGCCUCCAGGUGCCAGUCUCCGCAUCUGUUCCAUUUGUGGGUCACGUUUGAGGCAAUGUAUGCCAAUUUGCGUUGUGGAGAAAGGGAGGGAGAUGAGAGUGGCAAAAUCCAGACCGUUUGCCAAUUUGCAAGAAGGAGACUUAGCGUCAAGAUUAAUGCGCAGUUUGCUUUGGUCUGGGGGAAAUUGCUAGUUGCCCUAGGUACCUAUUACUCAGAAGUAAGGAGGGUUAUUUGGAUAAAAGUUGCUGUGGGCUCAGCGUCUUUUUUUCCAGCGAGGAUGCCGUCACUCUUGGGCGCAGAUUUCCUGGACCAAUUUCCUCUUUUCUCUCCGGGAAUUAAAGGCACACAUGUGCUCUGUGCUACACAUUCGAAAGCCUGCUUUUCAUGCUUGAAAACAGAAAAAGAUCAGAUUCGCUUAGAGACUCUGAAGGUGGGACCAAGCCAAGGGGUUUCUUUCCCUCCCCAAAUAUUCCCUGACUCAAACAAACAAACAAAAAUGAGCAGAAACUGGCAAGGGGGGCAGAAGAGGGUAACGGAAAGGGUCAUGGGGGAUGUACGUAUUGAACACUCAAAUUGCUAUUCCGUGCUGGUGCUUGCCUUUGGAGCAUGUUUGUAUGCCAGGGUCCAUGUGUUUGUGUCACAAAGGAUCAUGGGCAGCAAGGAAGUUCAGAGCAGCCUUUUAAAAGGAGAGUGUUUUUAGAGGGGAAAGGGUUAUUAUUAUUAUUAUUAUUAUUAUUAUUAUUAUUAUUAUUAGAAUUUAUAUACCGCCCUAUACCCGGAGGUCUCAGGGCGGUUCACAGAAAAGAUCAACAUGAAAACCACAAUAUAUAUAUAUAUAUAUAUAUAUAUAUAUAUAUAUAUAUAUAUAUAAUAAAAAUAAAAACAACAACCCAAUAACACACCCACUCCAUAUCUGUUGAGAAUAUUAAGAUCCUAAGCGCAGUGGUGUCUAAACUUUUUUCAAAGAGGGCCAGAUUUGAUGAAGCGAAGGGCCAACCAAAGUUGUUAACCUUAGGAUUGAAGUUGUUGAGCUUUUUUGGAGGUUGAAGGUUUUUUUACAGUUGAAGUUGUUAAGGCUUUUUUAGGAUUUUACCCCAGGAAAUAAACUGAAUUCAACCGACCGGCGGGCUCGAUAAGGCCCCGAGACAGACAUUUGACAUACCUGUCCUAAGGGGUAGUGUCAAUGAUAGAAGCACUUACAUGAUUGCUGACACUUGUUAAACUUGUACAGUGGUACCUCUGGUUACGUACUUAAUUCGUUCCGGAGGUCUGUUCUUAACCUGAAACUGUUCUUAACCUGAAGCACCACUUUAGCUAAUGUGCCUCCCGCUGCGCCACCGCUGCACGAUUUCUGUUCUCAUCCUGAAGCAAAGUUCUUAACCCGAGGUACUAUUUCUGGGUUAGCGGAGUCUGUAACCUGAAGCAUUUGUAACCUGAAGCGUCUGUAACCCGAGGUACCACAUUCUGAUUUUUAGGGAAAUAUAAAUAUCUCUACCUAUUGAGAAUAUUAAGAUCCUAAGGGUUAGCAUCAGUGAUAUCCCAAUCCAUGCAGAAUGUUAAACGCUAUAUUGAUGCAUGGAAUGACCCCAGACCUUUUUGUUCUCCCUUCCCGUACGGUAUGAUAUAUAUGUCUAUAGAUAUAGAUAUACCAUAUUUUUCGCCCCAUAGGACGCACUGCCCCAUAGGACGCACCUAGUUUUUUUUUGGGGGGGGGGGAAUAAAGAAAAAAAAAUUAUUUCCCCCCCAGGCACAGGGCUGGCGCGGGGGAAGCCCGAGCUUCCCCCGACCCCAGCCCCCAGAACAGCCUGCUACCUGCAAGCCUAGGGAGCCGCGCCGGUCUCCCCAGGUUUGCGGAGAGCUGUGCGAAGCCCGGGCGCGCUCUUCAGCGCGCCCCAGGCUUCGGAAUGCAAGCAGCUCUGCGCAACCUUUGGGAGCCCGGCACGAAGCCGCGCUGGGCUCCGGAGGGUUGCGCGGAGCUGCGCCGAGCCCCGGAGUGUAGGCAGCUCCGCGCAACCCUCGGGAGCCCCGCACGGCUUCGCGCCGGGCUCCCGAGGGUUGCGCAGAGCUUCCUGAAGCUUGGAGAGUGAGAGGGGUCGGUGCGCACUGACCCCUCACUCUCCAGGCUUCAGCGAAAGCCUGUAUUCGCCCCAUAGGAUGCACACACAUUUCCCCUUCAUUUUUGGAGGGGGAAAAGUGCGUCCUAUAGGGCGAAAAAUACGAUAUUGCUGUUAAGCCACUUGGAGACCUUCAGACGACAAGCAGCUAAUAAGCUGAAAAAGUGGUAAUGAUAAACAGCCCUAAAUGUAUGCUGGACCGCUGUUCUCUAACUAAGCCCCAUAAGGAUGCAGAAGGAGCAGUCUGGGUUCUCUCCUGAGGCUGCGCUGAGCCCAUAGCCUGUGUUAUGGUGAUAAUCUGCUGACUGACGGAUGUAUUGCUUGAGUUAAGAAUGCACGGGUGGAGAAGCAAGCCCUCCGGUAGGCCACAUCCACACUGCACAUUUAAAGCACAAGGCUCCCCCGUCCAGGAUCAUGGGAACUGUAGCUUACUGCUGACAGAGCUACAGCUCCCUCAACAAGUUCCCAGGAGAAGCAGUGUGCUUUAAAUGUAUGGAUGGAGGGUCCUGGAUGUAUUAGCACUAGUUUUCUUGGUGUUAGGUACCACCUGUAGGUAUCUCCAAAAUGCUGGAGAGGGUGCACCUCCACAGGCACAUACCUCCACAUGUGGUGGGAGUGCCCCAAAAUCCAACUAUUCUGGACAACAACCAUACAAGAAAUACGUAAAAUAACCAAGCAAGUGUUAGAAACCACCCCAGAAUUGGCCCUACUAAACAUCUUCCAAGACAAUAAUGCCCAUUUACACCACAAAGAACUCAUAACCCACCUACUUUCAGCAGCCAGAGGCAUCAUAGCCAGACACUGGAGAGACCUGUCAGGAGUAAACACGGACCAAUGGUACCGAAUAGUAUGGGAAACAGCCCUACUAGAAAAAUUAACCAAUAAACUGAAACUGUCACGGGGACAAAUAGAAGAAGACGCCUUCACCCAGGUAUGGCUCCCCUUUAUCACAUACACAGCCCACCCAACAGGACAAUGACAAAAAUCCACCAACAGCAUACAAAUCAGUAUGGCUAACCUGAUCCAAAACACCCACCCACCCCACUCACACACGAAAACAAAGACCACCACAGCCAACCACAAAUGAACAGCCACACCCUAAGAAGAAGAAGAGUUUGGAUUUGAUAUCCCGCCUUUCACUCCCUUUAAGGAGUCUCAAAGCGGCUAACAUUCUCCUUUCCCUUCCUCCCCCACAACAAACACUCUGUGAGGUGAGUGAGGCUGAGAGACUUCAGAGAAGUGUGACUAGCCCAAGGUCACCCAGCAGUUGCAUGUGGAGGAGCAGAGACUCAAACCCGGUUCCCCAGAUUACAAGACUACCGCUCUUAACCACUACACCACACUGGCUCUCUACACCCUAGGCCAACCCCAACCUCUCUCACCACCAAAGGAACACAAGUGAACAGCAGAGAACCUGCACAAGCGAUGCUGACACCAAACCCUACAUAUAUUAAGUAAAAUAGAAACAUCCCCCUUUUCUUCCUAAUGUAUCAACAAAUGAAACUGAUUUGUAAAAACGUUACAUGGGGAAAAAAAUAUGAGAGAAAGACAUUGCACACACUUUUGUAAAUCAACAAAAUCUUUAAUAAACCCCCCCCCCACACACACACAAAUGUAUGGAUGGAGUGGAUGUGGCCGCAGACCAGAUUAGUCUCAGAGGAGCACCAGCGCCCUAGAAGGCAAUCUACGGCGUUUUCCUGCCUCCUUGACCAAGCUCCCCAAAAUAGUUUCCACCUCAGAGUUUGCAAGAUUGGCGUCUGAUUGCCUUUGCAGAGGAAGAACGGGCAGAUGCGUAUUCCAGCCUUGUUGCAAUCUUGACAACGCAACUGGCAAAGCCGCUGGCUCCCCGCAAGACUGCGCCAGGCCUGACAGAAGCCCUUGCGCAGAUCUUUAGGAAUUAUUGGGUUGACCCCGUGGCCAAUCAGCCCCGUGGUCAAUUGGGCAGGGAAUUGGCCUCAAUCUCCACUUGCCUGGCUUUUGGCAUCUCUGAGGGACAAGCCAUUAAGCAGGGCAGCAGGUCUUGACAUGCCUGUUGUGCUAAUUGCGGCAGCUCCUUAAUUGGGUGUGCUUAAUUAGCAUGUCAAGCGCCAUCAACCUUCUGAGUGCUGGCUGGACCCUGAUACUUCCAAUCUCUGCUUGGCUUCUGGUUUCCAGGUCCACAGAGUCACCCUGAGAGAUCCGUUUUUUCAUUUAUCACCCCUUCUCUGAAUUCCUUUGUCCUCUGUCUCUGCUGCUCCUUACACAAGCUUCCAUUGCUACUCUUUUGCCACCUUCGAUGGUGGUGGUGGUGAUUUGUUUUCACGACUGUAUUGGGGCAGUUAGACCCAAGCCCCAUUUUCAAUACUCUUUCUAAUACCUGAAGGAACGUCUCCACCCACAUCGUUCUGCCCCGACACUGAGGUCCAGCGCCAAGUGCCUUCUGGCAGUUCCCUCACUGCGAGAAGCAAAGCUACAGGGAACCAGGCAGAGGGCCUUCUCGGUAGUGGCACCCGCCCUGUGGAACGCCCUCCCACCAGAUGUCAAAGAGAACAACAACUACCGGACUUUUAGAAGACAUCUGAAGGCAGCCCUGUUAGGGAAGCUUUUAAUGUUUAAUAGGUUAUUGUAUUUUAGUGUUUUGUUGGAAGCCGCACAGAGUGGCUGGGGAAACCUAGCCAGAUGGGCAGGGUAUAAAUAAUAAGUUACAGUGGUACCUCGGGUUAAGUAUUUAAUUCGUUCCGGAGGUCUGUUCUUAACCUGAAACUGUUGUUAACCUGAAGCACCACUUUAGCUAAUGGGGCCUCCAGCUGCUGCCGCGCCGCCAGAGUACGAUUUCUGUUCUCAUCCUGAAGCAAAGUUCUUAACCUGAAGCACUAUUUCUGGGUUAGCAGAGUCUGUAACCUGAAGCGUAUGUAACUUGAGGUACCACUGUACUACUAUUAUUAUUAUUAUUAUUAUUAUUAUUAUUAUUACAGUGGUACCUCAGGUUAAGUACUUAAUUCAUUCCGGAGGUCCAUACUUAACCUGAAACUGUUCUUAACCUGAAGCACCACUUUAGCUAAUGGGGCCUCCCGCUGCCGCUGCGCCGCCGGAGCACGAUUUCUGUUCUCAUCCUGAAGCAAAGUUCUUAACCUGAAGCACUAUUUCUGGGUUAGCGGAGUCUGUAACCUGAAGCGUAUGUAACCCGAAGCGUAUGUAACCUGAGGUACCACUGUAUUAUUAUGGAGCAUGGUAAAAAAAAAUGGGGAAAGAGAAAAAUGAGAGAGAACGGAAAGCAAGUCGGCCUCAUGUUGCAGGUUGGGGUUAAAGGCAGAUCCUGAUCCAAAGCUGCUGUGCUGUGCAGUUAUUCACAAAGUCCUUCCCUUAAGCCCGAUGUCCCUGAACAGCUUGUUGCUGAAAAAGGAAAAAGGGAGGGUUUAGGCAUGGGACUCCAACGGCCAGAGUUGGCUGCUGUUCAGCUGUCAAUGCCAUGCUGAAGCCAGCUCUUAAUAGCUCUUCAUUUUCCAGAUUUCCAAAUCAUCCGGAACGUGAUGCUUAACGCAUCCUAAACGUUGCCUCUUAUCAACAAGCUGUGGCUUUUGUCUGCCAAGAAGAUUAAAACCAGCACGGCGGCCUCUGCGAUCGCUGGGAUGCUGUUCCGCAAUUAUCCAAACGGGGCGUGGGGGGAGUAGAUGGGACUAUGUGGGGGGCAUUCCCUAAAUUCUGCGGUUUGAAAGCCCCACAUGUGCUCUUGGAAUGAAUUCAGGAUGGACGGUUGAGUUAGAUUUGUAUCUCGCCUGUUCCUAGAGGCUCACCGUGGGUUCCUUAUAAUCUGAAAACAAGGCUAAAGGGGGGGGGGGAAUAUAAUACAGUGGUACCUCGGUUUAAGAACAGUCCUGUUUACGAAUGAUUCAGUUUACGAACUCCGCAAAACCGGAAGUAGUGUCCUAGUUUGUGAACUUUACCUCGGUCUAAGAACGGAAUCUGAAUGGUGGAAGGGCGCCGGUGGUGGAAGGCCUCAUUAGGGAAAGCACGCCUCAGUUUUAGAAUGGUUUUGGUUUAAGAACAGAUUUCCGGAACAGAUUAAAGUUUGUAAACCGAGGUACCACUGUAUUUCCAAUGUUUUUGAAAAUGUGAAGCUUUGAAGGCUAACAUCCCCAGCAGAAACCAUCCAAUACAGUGGUACUUCGGGUUACGGACGUUUCUGGUUACAGACUCCACUAACCCAGAAAUAGUACCUCUGGUUAAGAACUUCACCUCAGGAUGAGAACAGAAAUCGCACAGCGGUGGUGCGGCGGCAGCAGGAGGCCCCAUUAGCUAAAGUGGUACCUCAGGUUAAGAACGAUUACAGGUUAAGAACGGACCUCCAGAAUGAAUUAGGUUCUUAACCUGAGUUACCAAUGUAUUAGAAGAAGAAGAGUUUGGAUUUGAUAUCCCGCCUUUCACUCCCCUUCAGGAGUCUCAAAGCGGCUAACAUUCUCCUUUCCCUUUCUCCCCCACAACAAACACUCUGUGAGGUGAGUGGGGCUGAGAGACUUCAAAGAAGUGUGACCGGCCCAAGGUCACCCAGCAGCUGCAUGUAGAGGAGCGGAGACUCGAACCCGGUUCCCUAGAUUACAAGACUACCGCUCUUAACCACUACACCACACUGGCUCUUUCUCCAAGCUGCUCAUAUGAAUGCAAGAAGAGCUUGCUGGAUCAGACCAAUGGCCUGUCCAGCCCAGUGUCCCAUUCUCGCAGUGGCCAACCAGGUGUCUGGGAAGCUUGCAAGCAAGACUUGAGCACAAGAGCACUCAAUCCAUUUGCAAUUCCCAGCAAGGAUCUACUGCCUUGGGCAGUGGAGGCAGCCAUUGAUGCUCAAACUGCUCCAAGCUCAUUGGAGUCACAGUUGUUACUAUUCAUUAAUUUUGUUGUUGUUGUUGUUUAGUCGUUUAGUCGUGUCCGACUCUUCGUGACCCCAUGGACCAGAGCACGCCAGGCACUCUUGUCUUCCACUGCCUCCCGCAGUCUGGUCAAAUUCAUGUUUGUAGCUUCGAGAACACUGUCCAACCAUCUCAUCCCUUCUCCUUGUGGCCCCAAUCUUUCCCAACAUGAGGGUCUUUUCCAGGGAGUCUUCUCUUCUCAUGAGGUGACCAAAGUACAGUGGUGCCUCGCAAGACGAAAUUAAUCCGUUCCGCGAGUCUCUUCGUCUUGCGGUUUUUUCAUCUUGCGAAGCACGGCUAUUAGCGGCUAUUAGCGGCUUAGCGGCUAUUAACGGCUUAGCGGCUUUAAGAAAAAGGAAACAAACUCGCAAGAACUCGCAAGACAUUUUGUCUUGCGAAGCAAGCCCAUAGGGAAAUUCGUCUUGCGGAACGACUCAAAAAACGGAAAUCUCUUUCGUCUUGCGCGUUUUUCGUCUUGCGAGGCAUUCGUCUUGCGAGGUACCACUGUAUUGGAGCCACAGCUUCAUGAUCUGUCCUUCCAGUGAGCACUCAGGGCUGAUUUCCUUCAGAAUGGAUAGGUUUGAUUUCUUGCAGUCCAUGGGACUCUCAAGAGUCUCCUCCAGCACCAUAGUUCAAAAGCAUCAAUUCUUCAGCGAUCAGCCUUCUUUAUGGUCCAGCUCUCACUUCCAUACAUCACUACUGGCGAAACCAUAGCUUGAAAUAUUAAUUUAUUAACUGCUUAUUUGCCUGGGUGGCUCCUAAGCAGUUUACAGGUACGUAUAAAGUCAAGCUCUUCCUGUGCUUCAUGUGGCCACCCUGCUAAGCCCAAGGAAGUAGAUGGCUGGCAUAUGAAAUCAUAGUAUUCUAUGGGACCCCUUGGUUCAUCUAGUCCAACCUCCUGCAAUGCGGGAAUCUCAACUCAAGCAUCCAUGACAGAUGGCUACCCAAACUCUGCUUAAAAACUUCCAAGGAAUGAGAGUCCACAACUUCCCAAGGGAGUCCGUUCCACGGUCGAAUUGCCCGGAAAUGGAUGCCCCACCCAAAUCUCUUCUGUCAGUGCCCCCAUCACUGUUAGAAUUCCUGCUCCAUGAUUGCAGUCAUGGGGUUGUUGUCUUUCACAUGGCGGUAUGUGUUUUGACUCCACAGAGUGGGAAGUGACGGAGACAGGAUGUUUGUGUUGCUGUGAUCCGUGAAGUGGGACUAUUGUUCUUUUUCUCUUUGCUGUCUGAUGUUAGAGAGAGAGAGGGAGCCGUGUUGCAGUGCUCCGUGUGUGUUUAUAUGUAAAUAAAGUAGAUUAGCCAAAAUGCUGAGUUGCUGAGGUCUGUUACGCAAGCUGGGAAGACUCUGCGGAUCCCUAAGUGUGCCGGUGUCAGUUGGCAUCGGUCGCUGUGAUGUUCGGGCUGAAGAAAGCUUUUGAAGCUCCCGAACGAUCGACCAGGAAGGAGAGAACAUGCCAGUUGGGCAUGUGUCUCUGCCAGGGUCCUACUCGAGUGUAGGCUGAGCUCCUGACAAUCACAUCCCCUUCUCUCAAUGGGUGGCAACCCCUCUCCCCAUCUUAGCACAAACCUCCCCCUCUACACUGUACCCCCCCCCUCGUGAAUGAUGGUGGGACUGCCACAACUGCUGUCCACAGAGCAAAAGAGAAAGGAUUCCUCUUUCUCUUUCUAUCUUACCGGUCUGUUUUGUACAUUUUUUUGGUCUUGAUGCACGGUAUUUACGGGUUCCCUUGUAAGCCGCCUUGUGGGGAGAUUGUACCCUAAAAGGCAGGAUACAUGACCACGUUGAAUAGAUUACUAAAACCCCAGAACGACCUUUCCACCCCCAUUCUCCGCAGCCCUGUAUCCCUCCCUCACAGGCAGUGAGAGGCUGCAUUGCAAAUAGGUCCCUGUCUGGCAAGCAUCUCAACAGGACGAUCGAGCCACACACUGGGAAAUGGACCAUUUCUAAGACAGCAAUAUUUAGGUGCAGCUGUAUACCUGAGGUCUCUAACACGGUGUCUUCACCAGUAGGGCAUCUGCCUUGCAUAAAGGUAGGACUGGGAAUGUCUGUUUGCUGACGCCACUGCUCUCCGUGUUGGCAAUACUGAGUUAAAUAGACUAAAGAAUCUGACUCAAUAUCAGGCAAUUUUCUGUCUUCCCCUUCCAUGACCUCCUCCAAGGACUCCUACUCUUCCUAGUUUAAAAAAAAAGAAAAUGAAGGGUGUUGUUGUUUUUUUCCUUGGGAGAGGACUCACUCCCUGAUUUUUUAUUUUUUUGGUGGGGGAGAAUCCUGAUUUUUCAUCCGUUUGUUUGGGGAGCUGUAGGUGAUUCCCCCCCCCCAGUUUUUUUUUAUUAGUUUUCCAAAUUUAUGACACAUAAAUCCACAAACAUGAAAAGAAAACAUUAAAAAACAAACAAACAUUUAUCCUAACUGUAAUAAUUCCACUUUUGUUAAUGUUGUUGGGUGACUUCCUCGGGUGCCCCUGACUGAGUUUCCAUCUAAAUCAUUGUAACAGUUUUCCAAAACUAUUUUUACGUAGAAUUUGCUUGGUUGAUUAACAUCUUUCUUUCUUUUCAUUUUAACAACAUAGUAUUCUAAAACAUCACAUAUUUAAAUACUAGGUCUAUCUGAUACUUGCAAGUAGGUAAAGGUAAAGGAACCCCUGACCAUUAGGUCCAGUCGUGACCGACUCUGGGGUUGCGGCGCUCAUCUCGCUUUAUUGGCCGAGGGAGCCGGCGUACAGCUUCCGUGGCCAGCAUGACUAAGCUGCUUCUGGCGAACCAGAGCAGUGCACAGAUAUGCCGUUUACCUUCCCGCCGGAGUGGUACCUAUUUAUCUACUUGCACUUUGACGUGCUUUUGAACUGCUAGGUUGGCAGGAGCUGGGACCAAACAAUGGGAGCUCAUCCCAUCGCGGGGAUUCGAACCGCCAACCUUCUGAUCGGCAAGUCCUAGGAUCUGUGGUUUAACCCACAGUGCCACCCACGUCCCUGAUACUCGCAAGUAAUUCUAUUUAAAUUAUCUUAACAUAUUUAGCUAAAUAGUCUUUGAAUUUCUUGGAUGGGAGCUGUAGGUGUUUUGCCCAUUUUUGGAGUAGGGCCUGAACACGGCCCCUUUCUCUUCUGUGAAGCGCGCAUUUCCUGCUGCCCACAGCAUUUUCUUAAUCCCUGCUACUACACCCUCUUGUUGCAGGCGGUGUUUUGAUAUCCUAGGACCAAGGAGGAGACAAUGAAAUAUAGAUUUAUCUAAGGUGAAGAACCCCAUUUCCAUGACGAACAGAGCCCGUGACAAAAUAAAAACCCGGAGGAGAAAAGUGAAAACUGGUACCGGAGAGGGUGGGGAGACGGCUAGCGCAUUGCAGCCUUGAGCAUUUCCCGUAAUUGGAUUCUUAAGUAGCCGAGCCGCAGACGCCUGGGAUGGUUUUACCCAGCGAUGCCACAGACACUUUGCUCUGAGGUGGAAGAAGAUGCCAAGUGACAGCCCAGCCUGAGCAGCGAGGUGGUACCAGUUGCAUAAUAGUGAAAUGCCAGGGAGGGGAAGCGUUCAGAAAAGGACAGAGGGCUGCCGUGUGGGAUUGUGGAAAGGGAACGGUGGCUCUGAAAUGGCUGGCUCAGGGUUUGGCGGCAGGAGGGCAGGUCAGCGCCCCCAGUGGUCGGCAGCUGGCCGCUUGAGGGCCAAAUACGCCUAUGGCCUGAAUCUUCUUAAAGCAAUUAAAUACAAGUACAGUCAUACCUCUUGUUACGUUCGGUUCAGGUUGCGUCCUGCGGUGACCCGGAAGUAACAGAACGGGUUACUUCUGGGUUUCGCCGCUCGCGCAUGCACAGACGCUCAAAAUGACGUCACACGCAUGCGCCGAAGCGGUGAAUCGCGACCCGCAGAUGCACAGACGCGGGUUGCAUUCUGCUCAUGAUGCAAACGGGGCUCUGGAACGGAUCCCGUUCACAACCAGAGGUACCGCUGUACAGUGGAACCUCGGUUGUCGAACGUAAUUUGUUCUGGGAGACCGUUCGACUUCCGAAAAGUUUGACAACCAAGGCGUGAUGGACGGUCGGCAAAUUCCAUUGAGAAAAUGGAGAAACACAUCUCGGAAGCCGUUCAACUUCUGAGGCGCAUUCGAAAACUGAAGCAUUCACUUCCGGGUUCUUGGCAUUCAGGUUCCGAAUCGUUCAGCUUCUGAGACGCUCGAAAACCGAAGUUCCACUGUAGUAGUUGAAGAGUGGUAGAGGAACUUCCGUAUUUUUGUGUCACCAACCAUAAUAAUAGUUCAUUCUUGUUUUUAUCUUGUAUUUUGUGGGUUUUUUCUUGUGUUUUUAAGUUGCGAACUACAACUUCAAUAAAUAAAUUCAGUAAAUAAAUAGUACCAGGCAAGGCCAGCCAAAGCCACAACAUUGACAAAGGGACUCCAUUGGCUUUAUUGCCGCCAUCUUGGGCCAGUGUUGCUGAGGGAACAGGACUUCAAGACGAUGCCCUGACUGGCAGGCUGUGGUCCAGGGCCAUUUUUGCGGGAUACAAGCAAGGUGCUUGAAACCAGAAAGAGCACACAGCUCUCCUCAAAACAGAGGGGGUUUAUUCCUGUACUGAGACAGAAUUCUCUUGGGGCAAGAAAUGAGCCUAUGUGUACAAAGCAAAAACAAAAGACUGUAACUCCUGGUGACAAACCCAAGAGAACCAAAGUAAUCUGGGGGAAGCAGCAACAUGGUACGAGCAAAGUUCUGCUCCAACUUACCUGCCAAAGCCAUUGGACACAGGAUCCGAGUGACGCUGCAUCCACCUAGAGUCGAAAUUUAGAGUGAAAAUGAAAUUACAACUGCAUUGGCAAGCUUCCUCUUACACAUUCUACCUGUGUAAACCACUGAGCCUCUUGGGCUUGCCGAUCGGAAGGUCGGCAGUUUGAAUUCCUGCAAUGGGUGAGCUCCCGAUGCUCGGUCCCUGCUCCUGCCAACCUAGCAGUCUGAAAGCACACCAGUGCGAGUAGAUAAAUAGGUACCACUGUGGCAGGAAGGUAAACGGUGUUUUUGUGCUCUCUGGCUUCCGUCAUGGUGUCCCAUUGCUCCAAAAGUGGUUUAGUCAUGCUGGCGGCCACAUGACCCAGAAAGCUGUCUGAGGACAAACGCUGGCUCCCUCGGCCUGAAAGCGAGAUGAGCGCCGCACCCCGUAGUCACCUUAACCAUCCAGACUUUAACUUUACAUAGUCUACCCUCACAGAUACAGGAUUGUAGGUCUGGGGAGGGGCACAGGGUUUCAUCCAGACUGACCAGCCCCCAAACUCAUAAUAUUAUCCCUGCUUCAGUUUUCCUGGCCGCUGCCAGGAACCAUCAUUUGUGCGGCUGCUUAGAAGAUCUUGUUUGGGAUGCUGAGGGUCCCAGGCACCACUGACUUGUGACAGCCUUCAGGAGACUCGCUAAUGCUUCUCAUCUCUUUCCCCUCUUCCUCAACCCCACCAGGUCCGGACCUAUGAUCACUAUGGCAUCUACCACACCAGCCCGACGCUCGGGAGCCUGACCAAGCCGGUGGUGCUUUGGACGCAGCAGGAUGUGUGCAAGUGGCUCAAAAAGCACUGCCCGCACAAUUAUCUCAUCUACGUGGAGGCCUUUUCCCAUCACGCCAUCACAGGUAAUCGAGCCUCUCUGGGUUUCCCCAAAAGAGGAGGCUCCCUGGAAGAAAGGGGUGCUCUGUAACGCACGGCAGUUGGGCUUCGUUGUCAGGAUAACAACAGCAGAAAAAGUGCUGAGGCACAAGAUUGUAACAACCAUUCAUUGACAAGGAGGGGAAGUUUGGAAUAAAGCAGGCUUCCUCAACCUUGGCCCUCCAGAUGUUUUUGGCCUACAACUCCCAUGAUACCUAGCUAGCAGGACCAGUGGUCAGGGAUGAUGGGAAUUGUAGUCUCAAAACAUCUGGAGGGCCGAGGUUGAGGAAGCCUGGAAUAAAGCAAGACGAAAUAUCACGGCAAAGUUGCAAAUAAUAAUAAUAAUAUUAUAAUAAUAAUUUAUUAUUUGUAUCCCGCCCAUCUGGCUGGGCUUCCCCAGCCACUCUGGGCGGCUUCCCACAAAGAUCAAAAAUACAUUAAAAUGUCAUACAUUAAAAACUUCCCUGAACAGGGCUGCCUUCAGAUGUCUUCUAAAUGUCAGGUAGCUGUUUUAUCUCUUUGACAUCUGAUGGGAGGGCAUUCCACAGGGCGGGCGCCACCACCGAGAAGGCCCUCUGCCUGGUUCCCUGUAGCUUUGCUUCUCGCAGUGAGGGAACCGCCAGAAGGCCCUCAGAGCUGGACCUCAGUGUCCGGGCAGAACGCUGGGGGUGGAGAUGCUCCUUCAGGUCUACUGGGCUGAGGCUGUUUAGGGCUUUAAAGGUCAACACCAACACUUUGAAUUGUGCUCGGAAACGUACUGGGAGCCAAUGUAGGUCUUUCAACCUGCAAAAUGCAGAUUUUAGCAAGGCUCGCGAGGAACUACACACACAGUGGUUUUCAACCAGUGUGCCAUGGCACUUUGGAGUGCCUUGAGUGGUGGCCGGGGUGCCGCGGGUAACACUAGCCUCUGUCCCUCUUUCCUUCCCUCCCUCCUGGCGAGCCAGUGUGGUGUAAUGGUUAGAGCGGUGGACUCAUAAUCUGGUGAACCGGGUUCGCUUCCCCGCUCCUCCACAUGCAGCUGCUGGGUGACCUUGGGCCAGUCACACUUCUUUGAAGUCUCUCAGCCCCACUCACCUCACAGAGUGUUUGUUGUGGGGGAGGAAGGGAAAGGAGAAUGUUAGCCGCUUUGAGAUUCUUUCAGGUAGUGAUAAAGCGGGAUAUCAAAUCCAAACUCUUCUUCUUCCUCUCCUCUGAUGCCCUCUCGCAACUCUGCCUCCCAAAGGCUUGCACAGCUGUUUGCUGCAGCAGCCCUGGCUACAAGCUCCCCAGGCGAAUCGUACCUCUGGGGCUGGCCAGGGGGUGCUUCCCAGGCCCCUGUGGGGCACUGUGAGGAGGCACCUCUUUGGGGCAGGCAGGGCAGGUCAGAGACUAGGGGCGGCAGCUGCCGGGAGGACUCCCAAGGAGUGGGGAGAAGAGAGGAGGCUAAGGGAACACUCAACAAAAGAGGAUGUUCAAAAAAGAGUUAGGGGCUGCAGGCUCUGCAGGCAAGGGGUGACAUAACUGGACCCCUGAGUCCCACAGGGUUGUUGCAGAAAGUACGUAGUUGGUCAAGGGAGCUGUGGACCCAAAAAGGUUGAAAACCUAGCAGAAAAUAAGAAGUAUUGAGGGGUGCUUUAAGCAACUGGGAACAGGUAUGCUUCUAGAUAAUACAAUACGAUAAUCUUUAUUGUCAUUGUCCCAUACAGAAUAAUGAAAUUGAAAAAUCUACAGAAGACAUUCAAAAACCAACAAGCCUGCUAUCCCAGCUAUCCCAACCUGGUUAGCCCCCUAAAAACUCUGAUAUCCCAUUUUUAAAUACAAUAUACUCCCAUGCAGACUCCUUACAAGAGCCAGUGUGGCGUAGUGGUUAAGAGUGGUGGACUUGUAAUCUGGUGAACCGGGUUCAAUUCCCCGCUCCUCCACAUGCAGCUGCUGGGUGACCUUGGGCCAGUCACACUUCUUUGAAGUCUCUCAGCCCCACUCACCUCACAGAGUGUUUGUUGUGGGGGAGGAAGGGAAAGGAGAUUGUUAGCUGCUUUGAGACUCCUUUGGGUAGUGAUAAAGCGGGAUAUCAAGUCCAAACUCUUCUUCUCUUCUUCUUCUUACAAUGAGUUUAAAACCAAAAGUGCAUUUGGGUAGAAACUGUUUCUCAGGCAGCUAGUCCUAGUCUUUAUACCUUCUUCCAGAAGGCAGAAGCUGAAAGAGAUCACUUCCGGGGUGCGCACUGUCCUGCGCUAUCUCUGCAGCUUUCUUAUGGCACCUGGAAGCAUAGAUUUGAUCCAAGGUGGGAAGAGUGCACCCAGUUAUUCUCUCCGCAGUCUUUACAACCCUGGACAGCAUUGUUUUUUCCCUGGCCGUGCAGCUCCCAAACCACACACACAGACCAUAAGUUAAUACACUCUCCACAGUACAAUGGUAAAAUGCCAUCAACAGGUCCUUUGAGAGAUUGUUUUUCUGGAGGAUUCUCAGAAAAUAUAAUAUAAUGCUGUGGCGCUAAGUUUUUAGGAGAGUGGCCAUAUUACAAUCUGGCAUGCUUCGGCAAACAGUGGAUGGAUGAGUCGGGGAGUAGCCGAUGGGAAGCUCAGGACGGGGUGUGUGUGUGCAUAUUUUCUCUGGCUUUGGCGCUGUCUAAAGGUUGCUGGAUUCUUUGUUCAGAACUUAGCACCUUCACACCCUUGCCUAGAGGAUCGUUCCUUUUGUCACGUAUGUACAGGUGAGCAACAGAGCCCGUGCAGCCAUUGGGCAGAGGGAGGCAACCGCUGUUGGCGGCAGAAGCUGAGGGGUGGCAGCAGCACUGCUUCACUGACUUUUCCCUUCUGUUGGUGGGCAGAAGCAGGAGUGCCCUGCUACUGUCCUGUUGCCAGCAUGGAAGUUUGAGUCAGCUCUUGGCCCAGUCACCUUCUGAACGUGGAAGUAGAGUAGGGGAGCCAUCUUGUUGUCCUUUGCCUCAGGCGGCAAAAGGUUUUGGGCCGGUUCUGCCAGGCAGCAUUAAUUGCUCCUUGUGUAGGUACUUGCGGCAGCCUUUCAGCGUGACAUCCUUUCUGGGUUUUCCAGGCUGACAGAAAAUAGUAGAUCCAGGGCGGCUUGAUCUGGAGAACAAAAGGAUCUUUGCAGGAGAACAUGAAGCAGACAAGCAUGCGAAGUUGCUGGAUUAAUAUUUUACAAGCAAGAGAGAAAGUAGCCCGAGCCAAUAAUUACUGCGCAGACACUGUCUGGGGUGUGUGUUUGUUUGGAACCAAAGAAAGGCAGACAGAUCAAACUGCCUGUGUUUCCUCCCUGCCCCAACCUUUGCUUAGAAGAGGGUAACCUAUCUGUGUCCUGAUUUGGGAGGCAGAGAGGAAGAAAGGGAAGAGAAAGGGAGAGAAGUUGUGGUGUUUUCUCCCUGGGAGUCACAAAGGCUGCUCCCUCAGCCUUGCGUGCCUUGGAGGGUUUGGUGAAACACUAAUGGAACGGCUCGCUCAAGCCCUUGUGUUGGAAAUAAAGGAAGCAUUAGCAAUUGUACCCGCAGGAGAGGUGGGCCGAGCGAGUUAUAACAUCCCUCCACUCACAAAGCCUGGAUGGCAGGAGAGGGGGCUGAUGGGAAAAUCUUGCGUUCUAGUGAAGAUGCACCAAUCUGUUCCAACAUUCCUCCAGUGCUCACAGAGGAGCCUUUGAAAUAAAAUGUGUUUUGAUGCAGGAGGUAGAUUGGAGAAACAGAGAAAUACCCUGUUGCAGGAAAGAAAUACCUUCCAAGCUGCAUGAUUUGUAGGGUUGGCGCAGCACAGCAUCAUUUUAUGGCAGAUUUCAUUUUAUUCAUUGCACUUGUUUCGCACCUUUCCUCCGAGUCGCUCAAGACGAUCCUCCGCCUCCCCGUUUUAUCUCCACAACAGCCCUGCGAGGCGGGUUAGAGUGACAGCGGCUGGCCCAACGUCACCUGGUGCACUUUGCGGCUUAGCGGGGAUUUGAACCCAGGUCCUGGUCGAGCACGUGAACCACUACACCCCCCUGGUCACACUUUGAGGGUUUGGGGUUUUGUUCCUUGUUGUUAAAUAGCAAUCAGUGAGUUGGUGGGGGGAGGAAUCGGGAUCAGGACUGUGGGGCAUAGGGAGGGAGGAGUUGAGUCCUUUGCCCCCCACCCCACUGUAGCCCAAAAUGAAUGCUGACUCCUUGAAGCCUCUGGUCACAGCAACUCUGGAGGGCAAGGAUUUCUGAAACGGCCACAGGGUGGGGAGGAAAGGGUUAAAACCCCUCAUGUACACAUAGGCACACAGAUGUAUCUGACAAGCUGACAUCUGAAACGCCCAGAUACAUGAAUUGCCUAUCAUCCAGUUUGACCUGUUUUAUGCUGUAGAAAAACCACCACAAAAUUCUGGGUUGAGUCUGGGAACAAUGUUGUUGUUGUUGUUUAGUCAUUUAGUCGUGUCCGACUCUUCAUGACCCCAUGGACCAGAGCACGCCAGGCACUCCUGUCUUCCACUGCCUCCCACAACUUGGUCAAACUCAUGCUGGUAGCUUCGAGAACACUGUCCAAACAUCUUGUCCUCUGUUGUCCCCUUCUCCUUGUGCCCUCCAUCUUUCCCAACAUCAGGGUCUUUUCCAGGGAGUCUUCUCUUCUCAUGAGGUGGCCAAAGUCUUUGAGCCUCAGCUUCAGGAUCUGUCCUUCCAGUGAGCACUCAGGGCUGAUUUCGUUAAGAAUGGAUAGGUUUCAUCUUCUUGCAGGCCAUGGGAUUCUCAAGAGUCUCUUCCAGCACCAUAAUUCAAAAGCAUCAAUUCUCCGGCGAUCAGCCUUCUUUAUGGUCCAGCUCUCACUUCCAUACAUCACUACUGGGAAAACCAUAGUUUUAACUAUACGGACCUUUGUCGGCAAGGUGAUGUCUCUGCUCUGGGAACAAUAGGGCAUGUCAUUUGAAGGGGCGAAGCUUACAUUUUGCAAAUUUCUUUAGUGAGGGGUCUUAAAAAUACAUUUUGGGGGGUGAAGAAUUCAAAUCUGCCAUCAUUUUAGUGACUGGACAUUUAGCUUGGUGAGAUGGAGAAGCGCAGAAACUGCCUUUGGAAAACCAAAAGCGUUUCAAUUUUACCUUAUGAAAACGGCAGGUAAUGCUUUAUAAAAUACAGAAUAUGGCUGCAGGUACUUGGCAGUGAUUUUUAAUGAUUUCCGUGCCACGUUGCACACAUUUUACUUACCGAGCAAAGCUAAACAAUAUUGAUUUAACCAAAAUACCUAUUGAGUUCCCAGGUCAUGUUACAACAUUUUACCGCCCUCCAUUUUUGGAAGUUGAAAGAUUUCAAUGCACCGUAUGUGGAACGGUCUGUCUAUGCCUGGGCUGUCCCCACUUCAGGCUGCAAGGGGGAGCCUGGCUGGAUUGCUCCCUGCUCCAAAAAAUAAAACCCCUCUGCACAGAAGCCUGGUGUCAGGAGGAACACCCCCUCCCCCCCCAAGAGCUCUUAUCUGGCCCUUUCUCCCUCCUCCUCCUCACGGUUCUGCUUUCUUCCCGGCAGGUCGGGCGUUGCUGCGGCUGAAUGCGGAGAAGUUGCAGCGCAUGGGGAUAAUCCACGAGUCUCAGCGGCAGGAAGUCCUCCAACAGGUGCUGCAACUGCAGGUGCGCGAGGAAGUCCGCAACCUACAGCUCCUCAGUCAAGGUACUUUGGCUGGGGGGCGGGAUGUCCCCAAAUCAUUCCCGAUUCCCUGCAUUUGAGUGGCCUGCUGCGUUGGUCAGCCUAAAGACAAGUAACCUUUGAGGGUUACUUCUUGUUCCUCCCGGCUACGUCUCUCUGUCUUGCCAUGGAUUCUACUUCUCCACCUGCAAAGCUGGGACUUAUGGGGUGAAGCUCUGAGAUUCGGGGCACUUUCAGACUGUUGCUGGUUUUGGGUGGGAUUCGGUUCCGCACUAGCAAAUCCACGUUGCAUUGUUAAAGCUGAGCCGGGCCUCUUUCACAACAAGCCUCUUUGCCCCCCCAAACUGGACUUUUUUCAAUAAGGGAACCUGCCAGCAAAUUGCACUGGGGAAAUGUAGGGUAAUGAACAACUGCCAGGCACAACAUCGUUUAACCUCCCUGCCAACAAAUUAGGAUGAAUGCUGACUUCAUCCGACCUCCCGGCCAGCUUCUGUGCCAACAGAUCAGGGUGAAUCUUGCCUGGAAGUGACAUUUGCAUCUCAGCCAUCCUUUUAAAGAGCGUUUAAACAGGAUGUUGUGGGUGCUUCAACGCACAGCAGUUUGUUGUGGACUUGGGUGCUGCUUAUUCCUGCAGUCUUAUUGCAAGAUCCACAUGUCGUAGUAUUAUAUAUUUUAAAAAAACCCUUUCCCAUAGUUCCCCCUCCCUGCACCUUCCCAUUUGCCAUUUCCAAAGGUGCUGUAGCGUCUUUUGACUUUUACUUAUUGGAUUUUCUGCGGAAAUAGAAAAUCCGUUUUAAGUUGGAAGCUACCGUAUUUUUCGCUCCACAAGACACACUUUUUUCCUCCUAAAAAGUAAGGGGAAAUGUCUGUGCGUCUUAUGGAGCAAAUGUGUGGUUGAUCGCUGGCUCCCUUUCCAGCCCCGGACCCUUGCCCAGGCCUCCAUUGUUGAAUGUUCUGCAGACGGAGGCUGUUUGUUUCCCCAGCGACAUGUGACUGGCUGGCUGAUUAGAUUAUCUGUCAGGAAACUGUAGAAAUGGCUCCCUUUCCUUUCCUAAAGAAGCUGCAGAACUGUGAGUUGAACCCCAUAAAAACAGGAUUUUUUUACCUUUGCAAAGUAAGCUCAACAACUUUGAGCUGAUCCUUAAAAAACCGGGGCUUUUCCCCUUUGCAAAAGAAGCUGCACAACUGUGAGCUGAUCCUCAAAAAACUGGGGCUUUCCCCCUUUCCUCCUCUAAAAAACAGGUACGUCUUAUGGUCAGGUGCGUCUUAUGGAGUGAAAAAUACGGUAAUAGGGGGUGGGAAUUUGAUGAGGAUGACAUCAGAUAAGAGUCUGAACAAAUUUUGCAUGCACCGACCCCUCCAUAAACUGCAACCCACCUGAGAGGGAGGGACCUACAAGGAAGGGUGAUUCUGCCCAGGGGAAAAAGUCGCCAGCCAGCCAUCUUCCUCUCUUUCACCCCCCAUCUCUUCCCUCGAUUCUCAUUCCAUCCUUUGAGUCUGCUCCCCACCUUUGCCCUUCCUUCCCCAUCUCACUGCCUCCUGCUAGUCGCCCUCUGUGCUUCCUCCCUUCCUACUUCUUCUCUUCCCCCAUUUCGCCAAUCUCCUCCAUUCCUUUUCUCUUCCUCUUUCCUCCGCGGUUCAGCAUCCCCACACCCUCACUCCUUCCCUCCACAUGUUGUCUCCUUAUGCUUGUCCUUGGCCAGCAUCCUCCCCUCUGCAUGUCCUGGCCUUGCUUCAGAGGAGGGGAGCGGGCCAGCCUGGCCUUGUUCCUGCAUCAUGGAUGGGGCAUCUUUCCCCUGCAGCCGGGCUUCCCCCCUCCUCCAUUGCAGUCACCCAGUUGUCUGGCUCCCAAAGCAAGACUGGACCAGGAGCCUCCAAGAUCUGUCUGCUGGAAACCUUCUGAGAACCUUCCAAGUGUCUUCACCCUCUCCCCCUUGACCUCAUUUCCAACUUCCAGGUGGGCCCAGCAGUGCCUUCCCCCAGUCUUGCUUGAGGCAUCCCCUUCCCCAAUUCACCCGUCGCCACAAUUUCCCCCUGUGUCCUCCGCCUCCAAUCUCCCUUGACAGCUUUGGUACUUACUCCCUUUUUUCUGUUUCUUUCCUUCGCUCCCAACCCUCCUUUUUCCAGCCUCUUUUGGGAACAUCUCCUAACCUCUCCGGCUUGUCCCGGCACGACACUGUGAAGUUGCAUCGCUUCUGGGAUGCGGAUGGCUUGUGUGGACUGCAGGUCUGGACACCUCGAUUGCAUGCUUGGGAAAUUAGGAAGGGACCCGAUCCCAGACUGGCUCCAGGGGGGGCGGUAUUUGGUGCGCUCGCUCUCCCCACCCACCCCGACACACACCCCUCACUCUUCUCUUUGAUUCCUCAUUGGUUCCAUGCAGAGACCAGCUGCUGUCUGGCUCAGAACUCAUGCCACGCCAAACCACCGCCACUAGGACUUGUCAAACUCAGCCUCGUGGGAUCCGAUCACAGCGCGAAAUUGUUUCCUUGACGAAACCAGCGAGGACAGACUUUCUCCCCAGAAGGACACGGAAGACUUCUGAAUCCGAGGAUUUUGCAAAUGCUUCACUCGCUUCAUUGUACAGGCGUCUUGGAUCUCGUUCAGAGGCUCUCCGUAGCAAUCAGGGUGUGUGGGCUGGAGUGGUUCAGAGGCCAUCUUCCAAAUUCAGGAUUCCCAGGUUGAACCCUUGCCUUUGCCACAAGCUCACCAGCCUCUGACCCCCACCACCACCACCCCCCACAAUACGAGGAUAAAAAUUCUGCUCUACCAUACAGGGCUGCUGGGAGGAUAACAACCAGCUGCCCAUCGUUUUGAACACUCCUUAACAUGCUACGUAAGCACUGUUUAUUAUUACUACUGCUACAUGAGAGUAAAAACAAUGGGGGGGGCUCUGUGUAUGGGUGUGUUAAUGCAGAACUUUGGUCAGAUUUUUAACCUGAAUGCACAAAUGCCCAAACUUGACUUUUGAAAAAUAAUACGCUCUUAGGGCAAUUCCUGCUGCUAAUUGCAGUGGAUUCUUCGUCCAACAUUCAGACUGUCUCCUCCUUGCUGAGGCUGUGAUAUAUUUGGGGAGGGAGGUUGUGUUGAGAAGCCAAGGCUGGAUUGAGAGUGAUGGCAGCCAAUGACUCUACAUACUGCCAGACACUGGCCACAGAAGCAGCCUGUCUCUGUCACUGGUCAUCUUGGAAAUUUUGGAGGGACUGUAGCUCAGUGGUAAGGCACCUCUUUAGCAUGCAAAUGGUCUCAAGUUCAGUUCCUGGGGUCUUCGGUUCCAAAGAUUUGGGAGCAGUUGUUGGGAGGGACCUUCUGGCCGAGACCCCGGACAGAAACACUGCCCAAUACUCAACUUUGCGGACAAAUUCUUGGACCUGAUAAAAGGCCGCUUCCUAACAACAACCCACAUUUCUGGAACAGGAAUUUAAAUUAAGAGUCGCCCAGUGAAGCUUUAUGUAUUUUAACAAGGUUUUCUGUAAAAACAACAAAGGAAAGCCAAACAAAACAACAUCAACGAGAGUGAGCGAACACACAGAAUCCCUGAAAGGUAGUAAAUGUUAUUAUCAUUAUCAAUAUUAAUUUAUUAAAUUUGUACAUCGCCCUUCAUCCAAAAGAUUGCAGAGCGGUUCACAGCAUAAAAAUAUAAAAUGAGAACACAAAAUGCAUAAUGAAGCAAAAACAAAAAUAAACCAAUAACCCCCAAACACAGUUAAAAGGCUAGAGAAUGUUAAUGUCAGAGACUCCCUGGGGAGAGCGUUCCACAAACAGGGAGCCACCACACAAAAGUCCCUGUUUUCGUGUUGCCACGCUCCAGACCUCUUGUGGAGGAGACACACGAAGAAGGGCCUCCGAUGAUGAUUGCAGGGUCUGGGUCGGUUCAAAUGGGGAGAGGGGGUCCUUGAGGUAUUGCGGUCCUGAGCUGUUUAAUAAUGACUUGUGAAAGAGGCUUUUGACAUUCCCUCUUCCCCACCCCCCAACCCACCCACAUCUAAUAAUGAUGCUUGGGAUGUGCUGAGUGGCGGUUCGCAAGCAGUGUCACAGUCCUCCUUUCAACAGCUGGGGGGAACUGUGGCUCUUAUUUCCUGCAAGCGGGGGGUGGGGCUGGAGAAGGAGGGCAUGUCCUCUGAAAAAGGUCAAAGAGUCGUUGGCCCUUCUCCUUGCAGACUGUUGGAUGGGAAUGACAGGGAUGGAAGUGUCACAGAAAGAGAGAGAGAGAGAGAGAGAGAGAGAGAGAGAGGGUGUCACAACGGGAGAAGAAGAGAAAAGGAGAUGAGGGGGAGAGAGAAAGAAAUAAAGGAAGGAAGG